AUGGCCGAGGCAGCGGCUGAGAAAAACAUGGACACAACCCAACCCAAAUCCCGACCUAAAACAUCAGUGGUGUACAUCAGUGGUGUGGGAAAACUUCACCAAGACUGAAAAGGAAGGCGUUCAGUGGAACAUUUGCAAAGACCGUUUUGCAUGGCUCGGGAGUACAUCGAUGAUGCGUGAGCACAGGGCUCUCAAGUCUCACGCAUUCAGCGUAUGACACACGCAUUCCCACUCGUUCACACGCUCACACACCACACAUUGUAUUUCUCACGCAUUUAAAUGAACACGGUGAUGUCCACCAAGUUGCACUUCUUCAACUAUGGAACAGGUGGGAAUCAGCUGAGUUUCUCCGAGAGUUCAGAAGCUGCGUGCCACGCACAAGCCAAUCAAAUAAAGUAUAUCUACUGAACAGCCAAUCAAAAAGCAGCAUUGCUGUAUCCGGGUAGAUUUUGAUAUCUUGCGGUUUAACUACAGAAGAAGACAGACACUCGCCGAAAUAGUUCAUUUAUUUCAUAAAUGCAACUCGCUACAGUUUUUAAUAUACUUUGUAUAAAGGUAAAAAAAAAAAGAUAUAUGCAAUGUUAUCUUCAUUUUAGAUGUCAAAGAGGUUUUGAGGCUCUCUGUGUUUUCAUUUCUGUGGGAAACUGGUCCAAGUGGCUCUUUGAGUGUGUAAGGUUGCCGACCCCUGAACUAGACUACUGUCCUUGUCCCAUUUUACAACCACCGCACAAGAAUCUAAUUAUUGACAGAGGCAUGUCGGCCUCCACUGGAUUGGGUGGCGAUUUCCCUUUCAGCACAUUGUUACUGGACCAUCUCCCAGUUGACCUACUGCAUACUAAAACAACUAACAAAAGAUGUUAGCAUGUGGCUAAGAUGAAGUGUGUAGACUGAUAAAAUCACCUUCACUUUACAGCUAGGGUCAACUUUUUAUUUGUACAUCAUCUCUUUGUCUGUCUCAAGAGCUGUGUCUAAAUCCAGGGAAUGAAGUUCUCAAAGACUACAAUCGAGGACUGCAUGCAUCACAGUGGUGCAUGGAAGGAUCCUUCAAAUGCAUGUGUCUUGAUGUGUCCACUAUUCCUGGGCCAUGAAGGGUGGGCCAUCCUUCACAGCCGCACCUAUCUCAUGAUUCUUUGCAUGCUAAUACAAUCAAGAUGAGGAGGACCUGCCUUCAGACACAGUGGGCACAGUUGAAACCUCUGUAGGUGCAAGUGCGGUUAGUCUUCUGCUUGGAUCUCAGAUGUCAAAUGAAUUAAGGGAUCUUACCAGUUUUAAAUAUUUUAGGAUUCUGCUUCUGACCUCCAAAACCUUUCACCUUUCCUUCAUACCUUUCCAGCCUCCUUCGCAUCAGCACCCCUUUCGCACUCUCAGGUCCUCUUUCUCUUACCACCUCAUUUUCCCAACCACCUGUUUGACCACCAUAGGCUCCGAAGCCUUUAAUUACUCUGCUCCCCGCCUUCCCUCCCACCAGACAUCGGUAGCAUCAACUAUCCUUCCAUUUUCAAAUCCCGUCUUCAGACCAAUCUCUUCAAAAGGGCAAAUUCAGUCUGACUGUUUUUUUUUCUUUACUUACUGUUUAUUUGUUUGUCAUGUUUUAACUUCCUCUUGUCAGGUGACCUUGAGUGCUUUAAAGGUGCAUAUAGAUAAAACUAAAUCCAUUCCCAGUCAAAAGUGCUCUUUGCAGAGCAGAGGUAAACUUCUAAAUGAGCAAAAAAUAAAUAAAUAAAUGAAUAAAUAAAAGCCUUUACUAAAAAAUAUGAUAAAAUGAGGUAGAAAGUAAUUGGCAGGGCAUUGGUGGCAUGUAGUGGUGAUUUGGUGAACAGCGAUAACUAUGAGCACUGUUUGGUGUCGGCUGAACCAGACUAAUUCCUAAACCCAAACUAUGGCCCAUUGCUUGCAUCCUGUUCAUACAGGAAACUUAAAUUCAGCUUUUAACACACUUAUUUCUCAGCUCCCAACGAAGAAGCUGAACUAGCUGGACCUGUGCUGGUGCUAAUAAAACCAGUUCUUCACAUUCUCUGGCGCUUUACACAGUCUGUACAUCAAGUUUGCUUUCUCCAUCUCAGUAUUUAGGGAGAUUUAAUGGAAGUAUUUGCCAUUUGUUCAUCAUGCACUGUAAAAAAGCACUGUAAAAAAGCUUUUUAUUUGUUUUUGCUGCUGUUUAUAGCUCAACUGUAUUUGGCAUCAAUAUUCACAAGGUACAAAAUGCACUCUCACCAUGUGAGGACUGGUCCCCAGUCCUCCAGUUUUGCUCCUCUUUGCCCUCCCCUCUCGGGCUGUCUUCCCCCCUUUAUCCACUUUGCCUGAGCGGCGCUGUAGGCUGCUCAGGAUCCCUCUCUUCACUUCCUGCAUGGGUGGCACCGCGGGAGCUGAUCACCUGCUGGAGACCUCACCUGCUGCUAAUUCCGGUCUGAUUACCUGCCUACAAGAGCCCAGGGAGGAAUCUUCUCAGUGCCGGCUGAUUGCCUGACUAAGUGGUUCGUUCACUACGUUUGUGCUGGCCUUAAGCCUCUUCUCCCCUCACGGAGAUUAUCUUGUGCUUCAUUUUUUGAUGACUGUUGUGGAUUCAUGCUCGUUUUACCCCUGGACUAACUCCUUCUCUCUUUCUCAUUUUUUCCAGGUCUCCACGAGCUCCCGCCACCACCACCAUCAUUGCUUUGUUCACUUUUUACUCACAUGUAAAUAAAGAUCACUGUUUGUUGAAAUCCUGAUCUGAUUCAGCCUCUGCUCUGGGUCCACCUAUUCACAACACUGUUAGAAUAAUGUACAUAAAUGUAUAUAGAAGUUAUCAUUAUUCCUCAUAUUCUUAUGUAAGAGUUUAUACUACAAAUAUAAACUCUUUGACAUCUUUUCUAUACAUUAUAUUAGAGUAUUUUAAUCAUAUAAGAGUUUUCCUAACUUCUCUCUUUUCUUUAGCUUUACUACACAGUACACACAAUGUUUUCUUCUGUGUUCUAUGACCGUGUUUCCGCUAUCAGCAGGUGUGGAUGUGGGGGUGACGUAUUCUCCGAAAAUGAAUCGUGGGAACUCCUGAGAAGGAUCCAUCCUUAUCAGAAGGAGCUCGUUUGAUGCCGCCUUGACCUUCAGCUAUUCACAAAUUGUUCUUUAUUAAAUGCUUACUUUGCAGCACAUUUACUCCCACAUUUUUAGAAACAUUGUGUAACCAGGGACAACUGUAAAUAAAAGGGGCGGACAGAGAAAAGUAUCCUUAGUGUGGUACUGAGAUAGCCAAAACAGAUCUCUGUCCAUUACUCAAACAUAUCCAUUGUCUUUCUCCUUUUUAUUUCAGGUAAAUGCAAGCAGGUCUUAAACCUAACAAACACCUAACACACCAUAUAAAAAGCAAAAGCAAUUUCUUUGCUCUUGUUGUUGUGUAGGAGUGGAACGAUGAGCAGAGUUGUGUAAAGUUGCAGAUAAAGCUACAGUGUAUAUUUGCAUAUUAAUGUGUUAAUUAUUUGUGGGCUUGUACAUCUCUAUGUUACCUUUACAUGUUAGCUUAAGAACCUGUCAGCUUGUUCAGACAACCACAACUAACACACCGCUUUUACAUCAGACAAAGUUAUCGUAAGGUUGCUAAUAAACUACCACAGUGAUACAAAUGUUUUGGCGAAGAGAUAAUCAGUACUUUGAUGCAGAGCUAUUCAGGGUUCUCACUCAGGACAGAAUCCCACUGUUCAGCAAAACAUUUUCUGUGCAUCUCUUAAGAAAGAAAAACACUAACAAUAUACUUACGAAUUCUGCCACACACAGGGUACGAGGUAGCCUGGCUGGGCCAUCCUGUUGCGUGGAUCACUUGCCGUUCCUUCCCGCAACAGUCUGGACUUCGGCCCAUUGGGAGCGUUUAUUUCCGAUCAGAAAAUAACCAGGCAAAUCGGAGACCAUGUUUCCACUGUUACCCGGACAACAAGGAAAGGCAGCCCCUGAUUGGUCCAUGUGUAGAUGGUGACAUCUAACAUAUGCUGCGGGACUUUUCAAAGACCUCCAAAACCUUUUUUUUUUUAACUUUUCAAAGUCAGCAGAAAUCGUUUAGAUCUGCAGAAGACGUCGGAUAUAAACGAUUUCUGCCGACUUUGCAAAGUCAACUGCAGAAUUAAUGGCGUUUUGAAUGAACGGCGCUUUUGUCAGAUCUCCGUUAAACAGUGGUGUGGUGAAUAAGCUGCUGUGAAAGCUGUAGGAUGGUGAACACGAUUGUGACUGUCUGGAUGAGAGGAGACAGGUGUGUUAAUGAGGAAGACUCUGGUGAUGAAGUUUAUACCUUUAUAAUACCAAAGUUACUUAAGAUCGCCGCUCUAUGUGUGUGCGUAAUGUUGUGAAGGAUCUUUAGUGUGUGAGCUCUCUUCCUGUAGUGACUGAUUGUCACUGGUCGGUUGAAGCAGGACGCCUGUCCUGCUUACUUGGUGUUUGAGUGGCUGGGCCAAAAUAGUUGGCUACUUUUGUUGGCACUUGCCGUGCACAGCUGCUUGAUGAGGUAGGCUGUAAAUUGGUCUUUAUUCCAACCGUUUGGGACUCGGCUAAAUCUGUUUUAUUGUACUAAUAGCCAGUGCCAGUGCGCCCCGCCCUGCCAAUGAGAUCUCAACCCAGAAAUUUAAGUCAUAGAUUACUAUACGUUUAAUUUUUUUUUAAUCAAAAUGGCCGAUAAAAUGUAAUUUGCGCAAUUUCAGACUCUACAGCUUGCAAUUGUUUUAUUACUUUCAAGAAAAUUGUAUCUUUCCACUCCUCUGCAACGGACGGGGCUCUCCGUUCGCCCCUCUCUCUACCUCACAACAUACACGCGUGCUGACAUGAUGAGGCGCGGCAUGUCAGCACCACUGAUUCUAGUAUUCUGGUCACAAGCGCUUGCCGCCCCUACUCUAUUAGUUUUGCGCAGCAUGAUGAUAACCAGGGUUCUGGCUCAUUUCAGUUGUGUUUGCUGCCAACAAAACACACUUGAAUACUUUGUUUUAGCAGCAAUCUAAAAUGGAUCUUACAUGUGGGGGUAUAAUCUGUUUAACUUCAUAGUUCUUGAGGGGGAAAAGGUGUUUGUAACAGAGUUUGUGCAAGCAAUAUAGUAAUGACAUAUUUCUUUAUUUCUUUCGUUAUUUUUUUGAAUAUCAUAUAAUGCAUAUCAUGCUGUGGUGAUAUCAUGUUGAGUUUGAUAUCCCUGCUUCCUUGGUCAGUUAUAUUCAGGCAAUUAAACAACCUCAUAAGUAUUGUUUCAUAUUGUCAGUUAAUGUCGGGAUAUUUUCUCUUACGACAGACAAGAUGUUUAUUUUAAGCUAGUGGUAAAAAUAUCAACGAUGCAUCUACCUAGCAGUAAAGAUAUUAAAUAUGACUGUUGGAUACACUAACAGUGGGUGGAGAUAUAAGGGUUUUUUUUAACAGUGGGUGGAGGUAUGAGUGGCUGAAAAAACCUACUGGAAUAAUGAAAACAAAUGGCACUCGUAAGGGGACAGGUCAUGGAACAAUGAUUUUAAUCCUUUUGAAACGAGAGCGCUGUUUGGAUAAUUCUGUUUAAUGUGAUCUUAACAGCUGCCAGUGGAAAAUAUGUGUAUUUAAUUCUGUUUAAUCUGUUAUGCCUUAGGAGAAAACUUAUUUCCAACAUAUUUUAUUGUAUGUGCAGCAUAUGAGGAAUUCACUAGAAAUUACCUCAUAAUAGCCAAAACAUAGGUAUUGACAUAGAGUGCAAAAAUAAAAGGCAAAUAUAUAAUCUAUUGGUCUCUUUAGUGCAUGUAUGAAGCCUCAAGGUUAGCACAUGGUCAUUGAAAUGUAUGGUAAGCCGUCAACAGACCAAUAAGUCAGGUAAGGCAAGGGUAGUCCACCAGCUACAACAGAAGUCUUCAUCUAAAGUAAAUUUGUGAAUUGAAUAAAAAUGUAACCCUGUACAGCUGUAAUGAACUUACAGUCUACAGCCAAACGAUUGGAACUUGGAGCACCAUCUUGUGAAUCAUAAAUCAUGACAUUAUAAAAUAAUAGUCUGUACAUUUUAUAUUGAUCUGAAAAUUGAGUCUUCCAUUCAAACGUGGAAAAAAGAUUUGGAUUCAACUGUAAUGGGCAGCAAAAAUUCACAAUAUACAGUUUAUCAGUUAAUCAUGCCCCCCAACUUAGGAUGCUUUCAUUGUCACCUGACCACUGAAUGGCACUCUUGAACUCAAUGGAUUAACGCAGGGAGGACUUUUAACAUAAAAAUAGGACGUGCUGCAAUCAAAGCUGCCAAGACAACCAUCAGAGGAGCUCUGUAUGGAAGUAUUCCGUAUUUAACAGGGUUAAUAGCUUAUAAUACCUUAAAAUAUAGAGAUUCUAGGAAUAUUGAAAAUCAGGAUUAAGCAGGGCCUCCGGUGAGGGAACAAGUGUCGGCAGACAGGACUCUGAGGCAUGAAGCACCUCAGGAUCUGUGAUGCUGGGCAGCUGAGAUCCUGGGGGGCUGGGCAAGUUGCUAGAAGGUUUUUCUGAGCUUUCUUGCUGGGAAACUUACUUAAAGCUAUCUGGCCCAGUGCUAGCAAGCCGGAUAAGGGUCAUCGAGCCACUCAGUUUUAUUAUAGGCUUUUUUUUUUUUUUUAAAUUUCCUCGCAAUCUGAUUGUAAUGCUUGUGUUCAGUGUCCUGUUAUUUCCACAUUUGUCUUAGAUGCAUUUUCCAAAGAAUUGACAAAUGCAUACUCUGGCAUUGAGGACAGAGCCGAGGUAAGGAUUUAGUGACCUGACAGGAUGAGGAGCUGGCGUGACGAAGAGCACUGAUGAAGACAGUCGUGCACCUACAUCCUUGUUUCCAUUACUUAGCAUGUAGGAGUGACUGUCUUCAAAACACUUCCAUGCCGACUCCACCUUUUUCAUUUGCCUGUUAUUUCUGCACAGACCACAACACAAACACAGCACACCCAUAUCGAACAUGCUUUUCAGUCAACCACAAAACAGCAGCGUGUGUGAUUUUUUUCCCUCCCUCUCCAUUCUGUUAUAAAAGUGUCACCCUGUCCUGUCUCCCCAAGUGCACCAUCCACGGUCAACUGCAGGUAUGGAUGCUUUUCAUGAUGCUUAAUUUAACAUGCCUCACAUAAUAUUAAGACCAUUAUCAUACUUGUCAAGGUUUAUGGCUUAUUGCUAUCUAGUGCUUCAAGAAAUUAUUUCAGCUUGUUUUUUUUCAGUAGAGUAUACUCUUUGUAAGGGCUUUACAAAAGAUGUCAAAGGUGUUAACAUUUUGGCAUAAAGAUAUGCAUGGAUUUUUUUUUUUUUUUUUUUUGCAUUUGUAGUUAAGUUUCAGCUUUAAUUGCUUUGAUUAUUUUAUUGUCAAGUAUUCAUUGAAAAGAUUUUACAUUUCUAGUUUUUUACUGCAUCUAUGUGCUCACAUUUUUGGGAAUAAAUUUUCAAAAAUCUGAAUCAGCAUUUUAAAUUUUGAGUCACUUCUCAGACCAGCAUGCUGAAGUAUGACAGAGUGUAAGGGCCACAUUCAAAGAAAGUAUUUGUAAAAGUUUAGAUAUUUUUUUUUUUUUGAAAGAUUUAAAACAUUUUUUCCCAGUUGUUUUCUCCCAGGAAUAAGGUCCAGGUAAAAUUUUACUCAGAGUUGUUAAUGUAGUCCAUGAUUAACCUCACGGUGCUGUUUUGAGGGGAGGACACAUGGCUCAGCUUUUCGCUCAGUCCAUUGAAAGUCCUGAUAAUUAUAACAAUGUGGAGACAAAAUAUUAGAGGCAAUUUAACCAGAUGCUCCAUAUUCCUUUUUUCUGUACAGAAAGCUGGCUGCUCACUGUAAACCCUAACCUCCACUUUACCACCACUUUAUUCUCCUAAUAUUAUGACUUUGUUUUUGUGAUAAUAUGACUUUUAUGUGAACAAAACUUGGCCACUUGAUUUUGCUCUUGUGCCAAAAUGCCUCAGAAAAAAUAAAUAGUUUAACCUUCCAGUGUAUUAGUGUGGCACUAAUACACUAUCAUAAGUUCUAUAUCAAUGCAGUAAAACCAGUUUCAUGAAAAAUAUUUGGAAAAAUCUAUUGAAACAGGAAAGUUGUUGUAAAUCAAUAUUUUUACAAGAAUCAAAUUGUGAUUUAGUUAUGUUUUAUACAUGAUUAAAACUGUAAAGUCAUGGUUAAGUCAAAACAAAAGUUCACAGGAAGUUAUGAUGUUGCAAGAACAAUUUCCUGGUAAAGAAGAAAUGUAAUAAAAGACAACAACGGUGAUAAUAAAACCCUAAUAUUCUGAGAUUAAAGUUGUAGUAAAGUCAUAAUUUUAUGAGAAUAAAUUUGUAGUUCAGUUAUAGUAUUACAAGGAUAUGGUCACAAUAUCAUGGCAAAUAAGUUGCAAUGAAGUUAUAAAAAUGACAAAGUCAAAGAAAAGUUAUAAUUAAGUUGCCAGAAUUCAGUUGUUUUCAUACUUUGCUAAAUGUUUGACCUUUAACCAUUGUCUCUCUCUUUAACUAGCCAUGGAGUUAAGGCCUCUCACAUUGUGUUUGGCGGUCGCACUUUUUGCAGGUAUUCAUAAAGUAACACAGCAUUAUUAAAAGUUUGUACCUCACUUUAACUCUUUUUUUGGUUCAUAUAUUUGUGAAAAAAUCUCCUUUCCUCUGCAGUGUGUCACAGCUGCUCUUCAGGAACAGAGUUCAUAACAACAUUUCUUACAAACUAUCAGAAAUGUAAAGGUAAAAAUCAAAAACUCCACGUUGUUCUGACUGCCUUGGAGGCUGAUGCUGAUGUCAACAUACAGGUAGGAUAUAUGAAUUUAUAUUAUUGUGGAGGAAAAAUUAGUAGAAAAAAUUUACAAAGAACUUACUUUAAACAAUAGAAGAGUAUGUGCACGAACUGCAUGUAUCUCAUCCAAUAAUUUGGAUUAAAUAUCUUUCACACAGUAGAAAUGAGGGAACAGGUGUGGCAUUUUAUUGAACCAAAAUGUAAAGACAGGUAUUUAAAUUUUCAUAAAUGGAAAUACAGCCACGUCAGUUUUUGAGUGAACCAUAUCACAGGUCAUCGAUGAACUGUGUGGAUCGGAUUUCAUUUUUUUGUGACUGAGAUUCUCACAAACAGUUAGCAUCUCUGCUCUGUGCUGCUCCGCUCUAAUACUGAUGGCACUAAAUUUAAUCCACUUAGUGUAUGAGCUGGAGAGCGAGGGAGAUAAUCCUUACCAUUUUUGGUGUUUUACCAUGAUCUGAGACAGAUAUACAGUAUUUUACUCCAAAUGGAUAGAUCUCAGAUCAUUUAUAUGAACAUCACAGUUGCAUAGGGUUUGCUCCACAAUGCAGAUAGUGCUUUGUAAAUUACACUUUGUAUUUGGCAAGGUUUCAUGAACCAAGCUUGCACUUUUUACUAAAAAGUGACUGAUUAUAAUUUGAGAGACAGAGCUAGUUUGUACCCCAGGCAGUAAAAGCAAAUACUACACCUGGCCUGCACUUGAGGAUUUACUGUAGUUAGGUAAUGGAAAUGCUUGGAUUUCACAGGUUAACAUCAGUAAUACACUGUCAGAAAAAAAGUAACAAGUUUCAAUGAAUAAUCAAACUUCCUCAUGUAGCAAUCAAGACAACCCUGGAUGUGAAACCCACACAUUCCUCACAGGAAAGCUUCCUUAUCUGGUCCCAGGAAACAGGAUAUAAAUCUUUCCAGACGUGUUUGCCCUUUCAGGUUAAAUAAGUGACCCAACAGGAGGUUGACUAAACCUCUGACUCUUCACGAUUGGUCAAUUCGGAGAACAGAGACAGAGUUUUAUUACCUUUCAAACUGACUCCAUUUGCUGACCAUCUAAAUAAACAUUAACGUCUCAACCCAGAUCUCCCAUUUGAGAUUUAGUGUCUUAAAGUGUGUGAACAUACGGACCCUAGGAAAAGGGGGGACACUGACCUCCAGACCUCGGUCGUAAAACCCUGCUCGACCAUACACUGAUAAAGACUGCAUUCCUUUGGUGAAAGAAUACAAAUGACUGAUCAUGACAUCUUAUGCAUUCAGCAAUGUACUAAUCUGUCUAAUCAUGAAAUUUGUGUUAAAAUGAGAUGUUUCCCGUUUUUCUAUGUGCUUCAGAAGCCAAGUUAUCUUAUCUGACAGAAUAAAUCCUUAUUCUUUAGUUCUUUAGACCAACAGAUUUUCAGACUGUUUCAUGAACUUUUAAGAGUUAAAUUUAUCGACUAUGAAUCAUAACUUAACUCUAGGUAACAGAAACAGUUUAGAAAUGUUUGGUUUAUAUUGUAGAUGUUUAUUUAGUAUUUUUAACCAUUAGGUGGUUAUAAUGUCAUUGAAUAAUCUGAAUGUGAGUAUUUAGAAUCCAUUAUUAAUCAUGAUGAAGUUCAUUCACAUGUAUUUACUCUUUUGUUGUUCACAGUUUCCAUGUGUUACUAUCUGUUUCAUUUCAGAGUAAUUUAGCAUGUUUAAUGUGAUACUUAAAACAUAAUGAGAAUGUUUGAUGUGAUCCUACACUUCAUUCAUAUGUGUUUAGUGUCAAAUUAUUUAUCAUGAAACCAAGCAUUCAAUGAUAUUAAUCAUAGUGAGUGAGUAUCAGAUCUGACUCUUUUACCAGCCAAAAGUAUAAGUUAGAUCAAAUAAUCAGAGAUUCCACGACCCCUCCUCUGUCUCACACACACGCCGGAGCCACUCCCAGUGUGAGAAGAUAAAACCAGUGAAGUCGGGUUGCUCAUUCCUCUUAUUCCUCUUAUGCCUCUUACUCUCUUAUGCUUCUGCUCUUCUGCUGACUCUCUUGUCCCCGGCUCUUAUGCCCCUUCUCUUCUGUCCACACCCUUCUGUGGUGCGUUUCUUUGUUUUCUCUUAGAACUUUUUCUUAGUCUUCUAAGUUUUACGCCACGUGUUGAUUCACGUUGAUUUUUCUUUAACAUAGUCUUCGUUCAAGUUUUGAAACUUCAACUUUUUGUGCACAUAGCAAUUCAAGAUUAAGCCUUUGAUUGAUUUUCUUUAAUUACGCGAAGCCAUUUUUGAAAGUUUUCUCUGCUCUUCGAGCCUCGUUUUUCUGAGUUUUCUGCGUGAUUUCAAAGUCACCUCCGAACGCAAUCCAACAGGCCCAGGUCAUCCUCUGUGCCAGAGUUUUUGAGUGAGACUAAAGAAGUACCCAAACGAGCAUCCACAGGAUCCACAGGCGCUGGUUUUUGCUUCGGGCCUGAGUGCUGCAACUCCUGGCUCAUCCUUCGGCUGACUUCAGUCGUCUUCUGAGCUGAACCGCUCGAACCGCCAGUAGCCCGGACCUUCGGAACCUGCUCCAUCUUCUCCAAGGACCAGUCUCACUUAAGUAUGCAAACCUCCAGAGCUCUAAAGAGGGCUGGUGCUGUCUCCUGCGUUCAACUCAGAUAUCCUCUUAUUCUGGUAAUCUUAGAUUCCUCCAAAUCCACAUCCGAGUUUAUCUCGACACUAAAGUUAGUGUAGGUUAAUAUGUUAGCGCAUAUUCACUCACUAUCAUUAACUUUAGUGCUCCUAGCCUGACUCAGAAUCUUGAUUUAUUCACCUAUUAUUAUUUAUCUUCAUUAUCUUAUCAUCAUUUAUUGCAUGUGUGUUGUACCAUCAUUUAUCCUGUAAUAAACAGAUAAUUAUUUUUCUAAGUUCUGGUCUGUUAGUGUUCUUCCAGAAGUGGAGUCCCUGAAAUUAGAAUUUCGACUUAAGAUAUGAGACUGAUUAAUUAAGACUGAUUAAUUAAGACUGAUUAAUUAAAACUGACUUGAUGUUUGAUUUCUGAAUUAAACUUUUGUUUUCUUUAUUUUCCCACCAUUAAGGGUGGGUGGUGCCCCUUUCAACGAGUGCAUAAAUGUCAUAAUUUGAGAUUAUUAAUCUUCAGACAUUUAUUAUAAAUUCCAAUCGCCAAGUAUUAUUUUGGUGCGGCCUUGUGAGGCUCAUUUCAAAUCGCUACAUAUAUUUUGGUGCGACCGUAUGAGGCUCAUUUCAAAUCACUACAUAUAUUUUGAUGCCCCUGCGUGAGGCGUUUCAAACAAAACUUCUGGAUACUAACAGACAACCUAAAACUUAGCCUUCCAAAUUGAUGAGAGAAACUUAUUUCCAGGCUAUCCUAGACUUAAUCACAAUAAAUGCUAUGCUUGCUGAAGUUGCUUGACUAAGUUCUGAUGUUUUCCUGAUCUAUGCAUAAAACCUUUAUGCUCUGUGUUUCACACACUUUUGUACUACAUGCCUGUAGUCUGUGUUUGAGCUGGACAGCGUGAAAUGUUGUUCUGAGUAGCAGUGAGACUGCUUCUUCUGCUCUGUCUAGACUGUCCAAUAUUUAAGUGCACGAUUGUUGCGUCGCCGUACGCUUGUAUUUAAGGCCUUUGGCUGAACCCAGUGUUCGCGAUGCUCCGAGCUGUGGUUUCAAGCCCCUGAAGUCUCUGUAGUCUGCUACGAGUUUCUAGUAACUAUAUGGGAUUCAGAUUUCCUCCUUUCCCCUGACAGAUUAGCUACCUGUCACAGGAAACCACUGUAACAGUGGGAGGUUGUUGUUUGAUUGAAUUCAGACAAAAUUUGUGUUCACAAAUCGCCGCAUUUGUGAUUUUAAAGUCUGCAGUUGAAUCUGCUGUUGAGGGAUUUGUCACUUUGAUUCUUGUCACUAUAGUCUGCUAUGAAGUUCUAGUAACUAUAUGGGAUUUAGAUUUCCUCCUUUCCCCUGACAGAUAAGCUAACUGUCACAGGAAACCACUGUAACAGUGGGAGGUUGUUGUUUGAAUGAAUUCAGAUAAAAUUUGUGAUCACAAAUCGCCGCAUUUGUGAUUUUUAAGUCUGCAGUUGAAUCUGCUGUUGAGGGAUUUGCCACUUUGAUUCUUGUUCCUGUAAAUGAUUUUAUUGAACCAAUCUGCCUGAGCAGAUGGUGGAAAGUUCUAUGUUUGAGGGUGCAGAUGCAGCCUGCUGUGAAAUGUUAACCCUUUGUUGUCAGUGGAGAGACUGACCAUUUGACCUUAAGCAGAUAAGGCCCUUCAAGGAGGCAGAGCCUAAAGGCCCCUUCCUGCAUACUUCCCAACUUCACACAGCCACAAGAGGCUAGUUGGAUGACUGUUUCCUCUUUUCUUCUUCUUCUCCACUUGUGUUGAGCUUGUGCAGUUACCCCAACUCCAUACUGCCCCACAUGGUUGCUUUUGGUAUUGAGCUAACACUGCUAUUAUCUGUCUGCAGUAUCAGCUAGCUGUACUGCCUCUCUGUAGUCAGUGUGUAACACUCUACAGACAUAACUCAAGUGAUUGACUUGGUUGAUGAAGUUUGAUGUGCUUAUUCUAAAUCAUUGAUCAUUGAUUUUUGAUUUUAAUCUUUGUUAUAAGAGCCUCCGUAAGGUAUUGAUGAAGUAACUCCUUGAAUCAAUCACCUGAUCUUGUUGUUACUUAUCACACCAUUGAGCAGUUUUACUGUUCCCUAUAAUACAUGAAUGUAUUAACCCUCCUCAUAAGAUUAAUUAAUUAAUGAACAAAUUAAUUAAUACUUGAAAUUUCUUUUAACAUUUCAGAUGAAUUGGGUAGUUGAAUCUUUGGCUUUAUUGCGAUUUGUGAAUUAAUUUCAGAGUUAAUUCCUUAAAUUGACAAUUUCAUUGAUUUUUCAAAUUCAUCCAACUGCAGCAGGCAGUUUAUUUAAGCUUUGCUGAUCUCUGCAACACAGAGACAAAUUGAACCCUUUAUUCAAUGGUUCUGUAUCUGAUGUUAAAUUUAAUUUAACAUCAUUUCACUUUUUUCAAUUUUCAUUGAAAUGAAUUUAACUUUAUGGUUUUUUCUCUCCAUUAGAGAUCUACUCAGAUAGGCUCUUUCUCUUUAUCAAGCACUGAUAAAUUAAGUCGAUUAACCCACUUAAUUUGAUAUUUUGCUUCUUCCUUUCAUUUUAAGUCAACUCAAACUCAUCAACCAACCAGCUGCACCUCUUUACCAAAACCAAACAUGCCUAACACAAAAGAGUCCAGCCAGGGAGACCCCCUGAGGGACAUACACACAGUGUUGGCAAACUUAAUUAGUCAGCUGAUACCUCAGUACAUGACUAAGAUUCAUAAGGCCAAACCCUCCAAUCCGGAGGAUGAAAUGGCUGACUUACUGGAAACAGCCUUAACCACGACACUUCGUGACAAAGAGCUCACUAGAUGCAUGUCUGUCAUGAUGUCUUCUCAGCUUGAGUAUAAAGACUACUUGCUGGAAUGCGCUUUAGCAAAGAUAAAGGCGCAAAAAGACGAAAACAGCGCUCUGAAAAAGACGCUAGAGGAGACUAAGAAGUCUCUAAGUGUUUUAGAAAAACACAGUGCCAGAUGUGAAGCGUCAAAGCUUCCCUCACUGAUAAGUCAUGAAGAAAAUCUUGAUCUCAAAGACAAGAUUGAAAGACUUAAUGAAACCCUUUACAAAAAGGAGAAAGAACUUGAUGACACGAAUAAGCAGCUUGCUAAGACCACAGAGGAUCUGAUACAGUCAGAAUCCCUACUAGAGCAAGCAACAGAAGAUGUAAAAACUUUGAAAGCACUGGUCAAAGUGCGUGCUGAAGCUCUUGAAGUUAAGGAGAAGCAAACUUCUACCUUACAGCACCAGCUCCAGAUAGCUCAAAGACAGUUAAUUCUUUGUCAAGAACGGCAAGAAAAGACAGACAAAGAACUUGAAGAUGCCCAAAGAGAGUUACAAUGCUCCCUCCAGUCAGGUCGAGCCCAAAGAGAACGCAUGGAGCAAACGUUUCUUGAAGAAAUGAUAGGUGAUCAGCCUCCUGAGAGAGCGCCAUCACUUCCUUCCAAACCAACUCUUAAGUAUCUCUCUCAGCAUCAUGACAGGACCCUGCUUGACCCUGAGAGGUCAUCCUUAAACCAAGAGUCCUACUCUCCUCCUCAUGAUGGCUUCUUACCAUCUCCCUCAGAUAGGGAUCUUGACAAAAUUGCUCGCAACAUAGCACGCUUUGAACCUGAGCACCAAGGUGCUACUGACACCUGCACCUACUUGAAAGACAUUGACUUUUACCUGAGGAAAUUUCCAGGUGCAACCAUUGAUGACAAGAUCUACCUUAUUAAGGCAACGUCAAGUCGAGAGGUUAGCAGUUUCCUUGAACGACAGCCUUAUCAUGUCAGAAAUAAUUAUGACUUGCUCUGCCAAGCAUUAAUUGAAGAGUUUUCUGAUUAUUUGACCCAGACAGGCCUUUCUGCUGCUCUGUCUAUUAAACAAGGGAGAUCAGAACCUCCCCAACAAUAUUACAACCGCUUACGCGAAGCUUACUUUGGUUUCCGAAAUGAACCAGAAAUGGAGGAGGACUUGAACUUCAAAACGCUGUUCGUCCAGAACCUCCACCCUACCACCAGUCAUCACCUUGGCGUCUUAGCUUGUCCAAACACUUUGACUAGCCGACAGCUUCGUGAACUUGCUGUAAAAGGUUUUGCCAAACAACGACAAACUUUGGCUAAGAAAGCAGAGCCUGUUACUCUGUUGGCUAUGGAGACAAAAUCACUGCCCAUGGAGCUGAACGAAGCUUCAGAUUGUGUAUUUUCAGGCUCCGAUAAGCCUCCAAAUGAGUGGUUAACCAGGCCUCCAAAACCUUUUCGACCUCAACACACUCACAAAGGUCAAAGUUACACACCAAGGCCCAGGUCUGACACAGACCAAUGCCCGGUAAACUUUGAGACCAACUGUUGUUAUUCAGACUCCCGUCACGGUGGGUUUUAUCCCAGACAAAGGAAAAACCACCAACACCACCAAAGGGGGUGAAUGACUGGCAGAAUCAGAGUAAAUCACACUCUCAGAAACGACGAUCUUAUUAUCCACCUCAAUCGGUUUCAUCCACUUUGAAGGUGAAUAAACAUGACUACUCAGCUAACCACUGAGAUUAACACUGUGGAGUCAUGAAGGUGUGAGUCCUGCGAAAGCAGAAGCCACCCAGCCAAAGCUAAAUGACUCCAAUAAGAUAUCCAAAUGCUGUGGUGAUACAUUGAUGACUGCAAUCCCAGUUGCUGCUUUCUUUGUUAGCAUUUGUCUCUCCUCUGUCAAUAUAGUCAGCUUGUCAGCUGUCAAAUAUCCCAUGAACAGAUUAAAAGCUGAAAUUUCUGUCACUAAGACUCAGAUUGACAAAUUUCAGACUCAACAGCAGAUAAUUAGUCAAACCGAUAAGAGCAUCAUCCCCAAGUUUAACAGACAAAGUUUAAGAGAAACUCUGUGCAGUAAACUUUUGAUGUUUGUGAUUCAGGUUGACUAUGCUCAUACACAGAUGGUUAAUAUGUCUAUAGCAGACAUUUCUUUUCCACCUAAGUCUUAACCAUUUUUGAAACUGAAAUUGAACUUUCAGACUUCUCCAGCAAGCAUGAAAAACAGCUAUAGCUUUAGAUCCAGUUAGCAUUCAGACUAAAGAGUGCUUUUCUAAAUCUCAUUAAUACUGAAAAUUAGGAGAUUUUCUUUCACAUUAGUCUACCAAUAGUUAACUGAGAAAAGUCUAACACCUAGACGAUUUUAUUUGAUAGCUUAAUGCAUGCUUGAUGUUAUCUUAAAGCAGAUACUAGUGAUUCACAUAGUGAUAAUGAGACGCAUCAGUCCUAUUUGCAUACACCUGCUGCUGCUGCUGCUGCUUCAUGGUUGUCUACUCGUCGUCCCGAUGCUCCAUGGACAGGACCACCGUGACGAAGGGGGGACUGUAGCAAUCAAGACAACCCUGGAUGUGAAACCCACACAUUCCUCACAGGAAAGCUUCCUUAUCUGGUCCCAGGAAACAGGAUAUAAAUCUUUCCAGACGUGUUUGCCCUUUCAGGUUAAAUAAGUGACCCAACAGGAGGUUGACUAAACCUCUGACUCUUCACGAUUGGUCAAUUCGGAGAACAGAGACAGAGUUUUAUUACCUUUCAAACUGACUCCAUUUGCUGACCAUCUAAAUAAACAUUAACGUCUCAACCCAGAUCUCCCAUUUGAGAUUUAGUGUCUUAAAGUGUGUGAACAUACGGACCCUAGGAAAAGGGGGGACACUGACCUCCAGACCUCGGUCGUAAAACCCUGCUCGACCAUACACUGAUAAAGACUGCAUUCCUUUGGUGAAAGAAUACAAAUGACUGAUCAUGACAUCUUAUGCAUUCAGCAAUGUACUAAUCUGUCUAAUCAUGAAAUUUGUGUUAAAAUGAGAUGUUUCCCGUUUUUCUAUGUGCUUCAGAAGCCAAGUUAUCUUAUCUGACAGAAUAAAUCCUUAUUCUUUAGUUCUUUAGACCAACAGAUUUUCAGACUGUUUCAUGAACUUUUAAGAGUUAAAUUUAUCGACUAUGAAUCAUAACUUAACUCUAGGUAACAGAAACAGUUUAGAAAUGUUUGGUUUAUAUUGUAGAUGUUUAUUUAGUAUUUUUAACCAUUAGGUGGUUAUAAUGUCAUUGAAUAAUCUGAAUGUGAGUAUUUAGAAUCCAUUAUUAAUCAUGAUGAAGUUCAUUCACAUGUAUUUACUCUUUUGUUGUUCACAGUUUCCAUGUGUUACUAUCUGUUUCAUUUCAGAGUAAUUUAGCAUGUUUAAUGUGAUACUUAAAACAUAAUGAGAAUGUUUGAUGUGAUCCUACACUUCAUUCAUAUGUGUUUAGUGUCAAAUUAUUUAUCAUGAAACCAAGCAUUCAAUGAUAUUAAUCAUAGUGAGUGAGUAUCAGAUCUGACUCUUUUACCAGCCAAAAGUAUAAGUUAGAUCAAAUAAUCAGAGAUUCCACGACCCCUCCUCUGUCUCACACACACACAUCAGAGCCACUCCCAGUGUGAGAAGAUAAAACCAGUGAAGUCGGGUUGCUCAUUUUUUCUUAUGCCUCUUAUCUCUCUUAUGCUUCUGCUCUUCUGCUGACUCUCUUGUCCCCGGCUCUUAUGCCCCUUCUCUUCUGUCCACACCCUUCUGUGGUGCGUUUCUUUGUUUUCUCUUAGAACUUUUUCUUAGUCUUCUAAGUUUUACGCCACGUGUUGAUUCACGUUGAUUUUUCUUUAACAUCGUCUUAGUUCAAGUUUUGAAACUUCAACUUUUUGUGCGCAUAGCAAUUCAAGAUUAAGCCUUUGAUUGAUUUUCUUUAAUUUCGCGAAGCCAUUUUUGAAAGUUUUCUCUGCUCUUCGAGCCUCGUUUUUCUGAGUUUUCUGCGUGAUUUCAAAGUCACCUCCGAACGCAAUCCAACAGGCCCAGGUCAUCCUCUGUGCCAGAGUUUUUGAGUGAGACUAAAGAAGUACCCAAACGAGCAUCCACAGGAUCCACAGGCGCUGGUUUUUGCUUCGGGCCUGAGUGCUGCAACUCCUGGCUCAUCCUUCGGCUGACUUCAGUCGUCUUCUGAGCUGAACCGCUCGAACCGCCAGUAGCCCGGACCUUCGGAACCUGCUCCAUCUUCUCCAAGGACCAGUCUCACUUAAGUAUGCAAACCUCCAGAGCUCUAAAGAGGGCUGGUGCUGUCUCCUGCGUUCAACUCAGAUAUCCUCUUAUUCUGGUAAUCUUAGAUUCCUCCAAAUCCACAUCCGAGUUUAUCUCGACACUAAAGUUAGUGUAGGUUAAUAUGUUAGCGCAUAUUCACUCACUAUCAUUAACUUUAGUGCUCCUAGCCUGACUCAGAAUCUUGAUUUAUUCACCUAUUAUUAUUUAUCUUCAUUAUCUUAUCAUCAUUUAUUGCAUGUGUGUUGUACCAUCAUUUAUCCUGUAAUAAACAGAUAAUUAUUUUUCUAAGUUCUGGUCUGUUAGUGUUCUUCCAGAAGUGGAGUCCCUGAAAUUAGAAUUUCGACUUAAGAUAUGAGACUGAUUAAUUAAGACUGAUUAAUUAAGACUGAUUAAUUAAAACUGACUUGAUGUUUGAUUUCUGAAUUAAACUUUUGUUUUCUUUAUUUUCCCACCAUUAAGGGUGGGUGGUGCCCCUUUCAACGAGUGCAUAAAUGUCAUAAUUUGAGAUUAUUAAUCUUCAGACAUUUAUUAUAAAUUCCAAUCGCCAAGUAUUAUUUUGGUGCGGCCUUGUGAGGCUCAUUUCAAAUCGCUACAUAUAUUUUGGUGCGACCGUAUGAGGCUCAUUUCAAAUCACUACACUCAUAUGGUAAGUUUUUGAGGUUUUCACUAUUUUUAUUUUCCCCAUUGAGAAGAUGAACAGAGAUGAGCACAGGAAGUCAGAAGUUUAAAUCCAUUAGCUGUGAGUCUGGUCAUAAAGACGUUGACUUAGUUAGGUUUAUCUGGUCAUUUUUGUUUAACUUUUGAAAUUAACAGUACGGUUUAACACCCAGCUGCCAGAUAAAAGUCCCCAGGUCUGCUCCCCUUUCCACUACAACGGAGAAGGUCCCCAUGAUCCAAGUCAAGAUAGACUUAAUCCAAACACGUUACAGUACAUCAGUGAAGAUCCACAGAUUACUUCACAUCUCUAAAGCCUUAUGCUUCUGUGUACUGACUGCACCAAAUUUAGUGUAAUAUGAUCCAUCUUGUUUGGUAUUCGAGAGAGCUCCAAUAGACAGUUUAUUGCAUUUGAGCAGAGCAAUAAUAUCCCCUGAGAUUUAGCAACGACAGGCCCCCACCCUGUUUGCCAGUUUGCAACAUCUACAGUUUUCCUCUUGGUCUAGUUCCUUUCUGCCAGGAUGAGCUUGGACAGCUGUUGGACAUUCAAGCGCUGAAUUGGGACUGAGAUUUUAACUGGAAAGGAUAGAGUAGUGUAACAGCCUUGGCACAAAUUCAUUAUGUUUUAAUGUGUUUAUAAGUGAUGUGUUGGCUAAUUAAAAAGGGGAGAUCAUUUUUUAUUAAAGAAGAUCCUCACACAUGCACAAACACACAAGUGGAACAAAACAAGUUUGAAGUUGAGACACACCUCAUCAUGGUGGGAGCUUUAAUUGUAUUGAGGAUUUGAGCUCAAACUCUUGGCCAGUAUGACAUUCCCAAAUGAAAGAAAAUGUACCCUGUAUGUUGCUUUAAAAUCCUCUCACUGAUUUGCAGGUGGCUUCACUGAGCUUCUCCAAGACAUUGACCGUCCGUGCUGGUAAAACAAAAUGGUUGUCUCUGCCAAAGGGUGCUGAGCUGAAGAAACAAUUCAUCAACUCAGGUGCUGCGGUUCGAAUUUCAUCUAGUGCCAAAAUCACGGCGGUCACCUUCAACCGCCGUGCCGCCACUGGUGAGGGUGCUGCGGUUUCCCCGUUAGAACACCUGGGCACAAAUCACAUUUUGUACGUACCCUCAGACAAGACAAUAUAUGAUGGGCUGGUCGCUAUUGUAAAUGGUGACAGCGAGAACGAAAUCACCAUUGUACCGCCCAGAGAUGUAAAGCUCAGAGGGAUGAUAACGUGGAACCAAGGGGAGGAAGUGAGGUUUACCAUGAAGCCCUUCGAUACCUACCUCAUAAAAGCCCGUUCGUGUAUGACUGGCACCCAGAUCACAUCCCAGAAACCUGUAGCUGUCCUAACAGGUCACCAGUGUCUGAAGAUUGGUGGCAAAUGUGACCAUGUAUACGAACAGCUUCCUCCUGUGUUCAGAAUGGGAAAAGAGUACAUCAUACCCUCUGUCGGCAGGCCCAAGGCUAAAACCUGGGGGUUGAUAGUGGCAAGUGAAGACAACACUGUGUUGACACUGAGCAACGGCUGUAAAGAAAAAAACAGGUUUGAAAAAAAUCUAACAUUUUUUGUGCAAUCUAAAUUUAUCUGUAAUGAAAAGUGUUAUCAUCAUUAUUAUUAUUAUUUGUAAAGGUUUGUUUACUUCUGAUUUCAUCCUCUCAGUCAGACUAAGUGGAGGAACAGCCUGUCAAACUGCAAACAGGAGCAUUAUUAAAACAAAUAAAUGUGUGCUUAAAUAAGGGUCAAAAAGACUCAAAAUAAAAGAUCAAUUCAGAGUCCUCAGGCAGAUAAAUACCUUGACACUUGGUCAGACUUCAGAGUGGUGUUUGAUGGUGAAAGUGAAAUAAUAAGGACACCAAUUCAGCAUAUUUAAAAAAUCUAACCCAACUUUUGAAUGGAGUGUAUGCAAAUACAUCCAUAGAGAGGAAGAAAACACAAAGCGCUGAAAGUACUGUGAAGCAGAGGUAGUGUUCAGCCUGAAAGCAACUAGACCUGAUAAUCCUGACAAAGAGAAGCAGGCUGUCUUUUCAAUCACUGUUAUGUAUAGAAGUUCAAUAAUUCGUCACUAUGAAUUGCAUUUUUGAUUGUAUUGUUUGAAAUGCUUUCUCAGUUCUAUUAUGAUUACUCUCUUGUAAAUGAAACUGAAUUUGCACAGUUGCAAUGAGAUCCAGUUUGUUGCGUUUUUAUUAAAUCCGGAUUAUUCUCUGAUGUACAAGGAUUAGUAAAUGCACCAUAUGACAGAGGGGCAUAUCUUUCUUUUUUGGAGAAAUUGCGCUAUUACAAAACUACUCAUAUUAAUUUUCCACCAGCAAAACUAGUUCAGAAACUUCACAGAAGCUGUUUAGGAACUGAAACAUUUCCCUGUUGUCUUGUCAUACCUUGAAUGUUUAUCUUUCAUAUCUGUCAAGUCAUCUAACACCUCAGAGGGGGUGACACCAUAGACUGUAUGGGUGACACACAUACAUGAUUCUGUUGCAAUAUAUAUCAACACUCUUAUCCAACUUGUUCAGAGGUACCUGAUGUAUGGUUUUAUACAUUAACUCUAAAUUAAGCUGUAAUGUAAGUCUAUUAGUGUAUCCUAAUGUCAACUCUUCCCACAAAUAUAAAAUCCAAUCCAUGUUCCAACAGGCCUCUACAAACCGCUGGGCAAACUCUGGUCGUGGUGGUCUGCCACAAACGUCCUCUGAUCGUAAAGAGUAACAAGAAGGUGAUGGUUCUGCUCCUAAGCAACAACAAACCACACGACCCCUUCCUGAUCGCUCUAACCCCAACCUUCCAGAUGUCCACUGAUUGGGCAGUGGAGACAGUAGGCGGCCUCAAAAACAAACUCUCCAUCAUAGCAGAGAGAAAGGGGGCAAAAAGUGUCAAGGUGUGCGCAGGGCGAAAAUGUCGCAAACGUCUGAACUGGAAAAAACUUGGCUCAAAGUGGGUGUGGUUAAAUGUGGGGAUAGGGAAAAAGCAAAAGCAUGUGACUGUGCAGGGUAAUGCACUGAUGGCAGUCUACACCUAUGGAGGAAAAAGAAAGCUGGGAUAUGGCACCGCUGGAGUCUGUGGAGGUAAACACACACACAUACAGACACAUACAUGAACUUAUUGAAACUGCAGAGAUAUCUCUUUCAGAUUCUUUCAAAGAGAUGAGCAAAACCUGAUUAGAUUUCCAUUUUUUUUCAAAGUACAUCUUUAUUUCAUGCCAGGAAAAAUGACUAAAAACAAAAUGGAAAUGACUGAAAAUAAAACCGAUUCAUGGACAAUUAAGUCAAAAUUUUAAGAGUAAUGUUGGGCAAGUUACUGACAAUUAGUGACUAGAUACAACUGAAGUGCACUCUAGAAGUAGAUUUAUGACUGAACCAGUUCAAGCCUGUCAAAGAUAUCAGUAAGCUGGUAAAUAUUUUAUUUCAGCAACCCUGAACAGUAGGUAGCCUGGAAGUUAAAUAACCAAAGUGUUUUAUUUAAACCCCUGGUACCUACAGGGCAGGGUUUAUUUGAACAAGUUAAGACACAAAUGCUAGAGGGAGUCAGGGCCCGGGAAAUUUUGAGACUCAAACACUUAAUUCCUGUAUUCUGGUAUAUAUUAUGCAACAUUAAUUAGCAAAAAUUUAACACAAAAAUUAUGAAUGCAUAUUCAUCAAAAUCUGGAUUAUACUUCCUGCAUAAAGAUCACAUUCAAGUACCCCAUGAGUAUGAAAAUUUUGCACUAGUUCAGUUGGCAAUAUACAUGACCAGAAUUACUGUAAAUACAAGCUUUGCACACACAUCACUAUAAGAUUGUAUACACCAAUAACUAUGCCCUGUGGCAAGGGCCACCCUGCAAACCUACAUUUAUUCGCACUUUGCAAGCACACGUGGGAUACAACAAUUCAAAAUACAAUAAAAGGUGCAAUGUCAAUUAUUAGGUGGGAUAUUUAGGAUUAGUGCUGAGUGUUAGACAGUCAAGAGUGGAAGUUUAAACUCACCCACUUUUACUUUUCCUGCAGCUUCCCCUCCCCCACCGCUGCCCGACGAUCCUUGCGAGGAGAUACAAUGUGGAGCAAGAGAGCGUUGUGUGAACGGAGCUUGUGUCCCUACUUCCACGGCAACAUGCCAUGCCAAGGGUGACCCCCACUACUAUACCCUUGAUGGCAGAUGUUAUAACUUCCAAGUAAGAUCAACCAAGCAGAAGCAUUCAUGCCCCUUUCAUUAAACAAAAACUACACUAACUGAAUGAUAAAAUCGAAAAGAUCUCCAUUGUCCAGUCCAGGGUUGGCAACAAAUUCUACAGCGGGUUAAUGCAACCAAUAAAACAGGCGAACUUAGUCUACAGAAGAGGCACAGUUUUUACCAAAACCAGAUGUUUGUCAAACAACCACACUCACACACUGUAAUAGUCAAGAGUUCAUGGUAUGUUUGUUGUUGGUGUUGAGCCACAAGGACCCGCAAAGACUACAUGACCAUACCAGGUCACUACUUUCUCAGGUCACAGAGAGCCAGGAAUCUGGCAAAAAAAUAACAAACGUGUCCUUGUUCAAAAAAUAUCAUCUGAACUGAGGUCCCAAACAACAUGUUGCUUCAUCUCAUGGUUUAGACGAAUCUGUCCAUUGGCAAGACGAUUCUGGUGAUUGGAUGAUUACUAUAAAUUGUAAAUGAACAAUUAAUUAGCAAGAAGCAAAAACAAAAAAAUGCUAACUGCUGAUUAACUACUUAGGUCCAAGAAUAAAUUAGUGAGAUGCUAGGAUCAAUAAAGUCCUUCUUCCUCUUCUUCUUCUUCUUCUUCUAGCCAGGUCUACCAAGCAGAAUCUAUCGUAGACUAGCACAGAUGACACACAUCAAUCCAGUCCUGAGUUCAGCAGUCUAUCAGUCGGUUUAUUUUUGUUUUUUUAAUCAUAGUUCUAGUUUCAUUUAAACAUAAUCCCAUAAAAGUAAGAGAUGUGGUAUUUGCUUGUCAUGAUCUGCUUUUACGGUUAAAGCUCACCCUUUCAGGUGUUGUGAAAAGAGCUGCAAGAUGAUUUUUCAUGACUGAUAUGAUUUCUUUCAGGGUACCUGUACUUACAUUAUGGCCACAGUUGCAAACCCAGCGCCCGACCUUAUCCCUUUCACUGUGUUGACCAAGAAUGCCCACAGAGGGAACCAACGAGUUUCCUUUGUGAAGACUGUGACUGUUAUUGUUUACGGGCAGACAAUCAUCAUCAGCAGACAAAAAGGACGAGUGCAGGUAACACAUUUAUUCACUCUGACAAGUGAUAAUUAUAGUACCCAAAGCAAAGAAAAAAAGAAAUCAUGGUUCAGCACAUGGAUAUUUUUGUUGUAAGCUGGCGAUGUUUACUGUUGGUCAUGUGCAUUGUGAGUCAUGUCCACAGUCAGCAAUUUACAGCAAUGUUCAUUUGAUGCCAUGCUUACAGAUGGAAAGUUUUUGGUUCUCAUGUUAGUUUUUAGCCAUGUUUAGUGUUGACAAUAUAUAUUAUGGGACAUGUUCACUGUCAGACAUUUCCGUGUAAGGACAUGUUAGUUGUAGGACGUGUGAAAUAUAAGUAAUAUUUGUAGUAGGAGUUGUUUUUAUUUUGAAAUUUGUGUGAGAGAACAUGUUAAAUGUGGCCCAUAUUUAUCGUUGCCUCAUUCACUGUUGGUCAUAUUUAUCUUUGUUUUUGUCUCGCAGUUUGUCAUGUUAGUUCUUGGCAGUGUGUAUAGGGUUCCAUGGUUACUGCUGGCUGUGUAAACAGUCAAGUCAAGUCAAGUCAAGUUUAUUUGUAUAGCACAUUUCAGCAGCAGGGCAAUUCAAGGUGCUUUUGCAGUCAGCCUUCAAUCUUUUAAAAUAUGUUCAUCAAAGCACUUUUUUUGCAAUGGUCAUAUUAGUUGUAACUGUAUUACUGUUGUAUUACUGUUGGUCAUGUUUACUGUUUGCCAUGUUAAGAGUCAACCAUGUCUAUCAUUGCACCUUGUGUGUUACAGACUUCACCCUUGGUGGCCAGAUGGACUGUAGGAUUUCAAUAUAGCUAUAAAAGAUUUAGUCCUUGUUCAACUUUAAUUACUUCCUCUUUGUAUGUUACUUUUGCUUCAACAUAUGAGAUUAAAUAAUUACUUAAAAGAGUUAAUCAUUUAAUUUUGUUUUACAGCUAUAAUCAAGUUUUGACAUAGAUCAAAGAAAAAUUAACAAACUUGCAGGCAGCUCUUUUGAGUAAAUAUUCUUGUGUUACCUUCAGGUGAAUGGAGUGAUGCGGUGCCUGCCUUUCAAUCUGCUGGGUGGGAAGAUCAAAUUGAGACAGGCUGGGUGCUAUGCUGUCCUCACCACUGAUUUUGGCCUUAUUGUAAAGUUUGACUGGAACAUGAGGCUGAUAAUUACAGUACCAUCAUCAUACUUUGAGCACAUGGGUGGAUUGUGUGGAAACUACAAUGGAGACAGAAAAGACGACCUGCCACACCCCACAUGUAAGGAGAAGACAGUAAACAAAACAGUCAAAUAAAACAAGUUGUUUAACACAAACAAACUCUUAUUUAAAUGGAUGUAAAUUUCACAUUUCACAUGAAUGAUUAGGUAUUUUAUUUGUAAGUUAUAAAAUUAAACACUGCCAGAACUCGUCAGGUGCAUGAUUUUAGCCAAAAUUGUCCUUGUUUUUGACUUUGGGUCACUGAAAUACUUUUGAUUGUUUUUUUUUCUCUUACAGCCAAAAGUUUACCUGUUGUUCUGGAGAUGAUAAAGCACUGGAAGGUGGACGAUCCAGACCUGUUCUGUAAUGAUAACUGUGGUGGGAGCUGUCCUGAGUGUUCAAUAGAGCUGCAGAAUCAUUACAGAAAGCUCCACCUCUGUGGCCUGAUAUCCAAACCGGAUGGACCGUUUGCAGCCUGCCACAGCGCAGUCCACCUCUCUGCAUUUGUAAAUGACUGUGUCUACGACCUCUGUGUCUAUGGAGGUACAAAUUUAAUUGAAAGUCUCAAAAUGUAAGGUAUUUGGGAUUCUGGUGUGACAUUUUGCAAACAUUGGUAAAAUGUUGAAUUGGUGCAGAGGAUUCUUUCUGCUACUGGCUUCUUGUAUAAAAGUAAACUAUGUCUCCUAUGACUUGAUGAGAAAUAAUAAAAGACUUUGUGGUUCAGAAUCCACCACCAAGGUGGAAACCUUUGUGUAAGGAUGAAGUGAGGAGAAAAGACAAAACAGUCAGCAAGAGACUGAUGAACUGAACUAAAAGUGGACUCAGAAUCCCAAGACACACAAAAAACAUACGUUUACAUAGUUAUUGAUAAUUCAUGCUGUGGAUCAGAUUAAAGAGCAGAAAAGGCCCUGGAGGUUAUUGGGUGCAGUGGUGAGGGGAGGCUGUGGUUAGUAAAUUAUUAAUCAUUUGAUUUUGAUUUUUUGCAAACAUCAUCUCAUUUAAGACCCCACUAUACAAUUUUUAUUUUUUUUUCUCUUAAAAAGCUAUAAAAAGUUUAGAUUAAAAUGUGUUCAUGUGGUAACCAUGUAAUGGUAACACCCAAAAAGGCCAGUAGGGGGCGCAUGGUCCCUGUGAUGAGCGGAAUAACCACAGACUGUAUGUAGAUUCUAUGGUAAUAACCGUUGAAGGCAACUGCAGAAACAGUCAGCGGAGUUAAACACAAACUAAACUGCAAUGCGUAUUUAUUUUGAAAUACAGACGGGUUAAUAGUCCUCCAAUGCAAAUGUACAUACUCCUGUAUGAGGGUUAGGAGUGUUGUGAACCUUGUCAGUAAAAAAUAUUGUGUUGAGUAAAGUAGUUUUGCAGUCAUGAGUGUUUUAAGAUGAUAGGUGGAACAAGUAGCGUGCUAAGCUAGAGCACCUGUUGCUAAUUCUUAUGGCCACAUUACAGUUACUGAAUCAACUUUAAGACAGUUAAUUCAUGUAUUAACAUUCUGUUCUUGGUUAAAGCUUAUUUCUUUUAAAUGAGAAAAGUGACAUAAACAGUUGGCUUUACAUAUUUGUCUAAACUGAGAUUUGUUUUUCUGGCAGUUGAGGGGCCAAAGGGAAUAGCUGUUGUACAUUUAUGGUUAAUAUCCAUGCAAAGGUUCAAGUUUAGUCCAAGCUAAACGCAAGCCUAACUGCAUCGCCUUUUUUGGUAGCACUUGAAGAGGAAAAAGACUGACAUCAUGCUGUGAGAAUCAUGACAUGAAACUUGUUAUUGAUAUGAAUAAGGCUUAUGAAGUGUCAUUUGGUAAAUUAUGACCACAGCUGUCCAGCUUGGUGUCAUCUUUACAUGUGUCCCCUAAAGUUUUAUUAGUUUCUUAGUUUAGGGUUACAAUGAGAAUCCUGAUCCACAAUAUUUAUUGAAAUGGAACUGAUUUUAAAACCGAGAGAUGGCCUGGGCACCAGGGACAUACGCUUUUUUUUUUCCAUCCAUUUUUCAGUCUAGGUCUGUUGCAUUAGGGAUACUUUGUUUUUUUAGGAUUUGAGAAUCUUUUAGCAAAAGUAGUUAUUUAUGGAGACAUUCAUGUGUUUCUGUUUGUGUUUUUCUUUCUGUCCAGGUGCCAAACCAGUCCUCUGCGAUAACCUGAAGACUUACGCAGACUCCUGUUUGUCAGAGGGAGUCCAACUUAGUGCAGAGUGGAGAGAAGUGUCUGGAUGCAGUAAGUUACUCAGAGAAGUAUCAAUCCAUGAAACACUAAAUCUGUAAUCUGUUGAUUUUUUUUGUUUUUCCAUCAAUUGUACAAUUCUCUUUCUCUCUCCCUCUCUCUCUUUUCUCUCACUCACUCACUCUCUCUCUCUCUCUCCCUCCCUCCCUCCCCUCUGCAGUUCCAGACUGUCCAGCAGGAAGUCACUAUGAAGCCUGUGGUACAGCAUGCCCCGCCUACUGCUCCACUCUGGACAGUGAGACCGAAUGCAACGAGCCGUGUGUGGAGGGAUGUCAGUGUGAUGAGGGAUACGUGCUCAGCGGAGAAAAGUAACUCACCAAUAAUGCUGCUCAUGCUAAUAAUCAGAAAGUUAACUGAUUUUUGAUAAAACAAAAGCUCCAGGUGAACAAACCGUACAGUAGGCUGCGGACAGUAAAUAUGAUCCCUGUCCUCAUUACAGGAUGUGCGUCCAUUAUGUGACAAAUGUCAUUUUGUCAGACCUUAGGACAGUUUUUCACUUGGUCUCCUUUUUGCAUGGAACAGUUUUAACCUGUAUUUGUGGAUGCAGAACGAAACUGUAUUGGAAGUGAUUUUUAACCCAUGCAGGCAUUUCCACUCCAGAGUCCUGUCUGUUUUUAAUGGAGUGCUAUCUGAGGGCUCUAAGAUCUGGGUCAUCCAAUAUUGUGUUUGGUCCUUGUCCUUUUUGUACAGAGAUUUCUCCAGAUUAUCUGGAUCUCUAUGGAGUGCUAACAACAAGAGGACAAACACAUUGUGGAAAAAAAUAUAAAUCAAGACAACAGUGCUCAUAAAAUAAAGCAGACUCUGAUGAAUAAAUAUGAUUGAAAUAUAACAGAACAACUGACAUGGAGCCAAUCAAACACACUGAGAUAAAAUACACUAGAUUAUCUAAAAGAAAUUGGGUCUUUAAAGGUUAAAAUCACUCAACAGAUUCUCAUCUUUUAUGGCAGAGAACUACAGAGCCUGAGAGCAAAAACAAUAGAGACGUUUUAAAACAUUUACAACUGAGGAGUGGUUUCACCAGGAGCUAUAUCAGAAAUGUAAACAGGGGCCAAACUAUGAACUUUAACUCUUAAGUUAAAGUUGGUAGCAAGGGCAGUCACACUAAGGGCCAAUCCAAAUGGUCACUCUUAUUCCUUCCCCUUCAUCUUACCCCUUUGUCUACCCCCUGGGUGAAAACAUGCCCCUCAGUUUCCACUAGGUCAUGAUGCCUUUCCACUUGCAGUGAAUUUGUCAUCUGACAUCAGUGUAGCCCUCAAUAGCUAUAGCUUCGUCAACCUCAAGAUCAUCAUAACUUGCGAUUUUAAAACUUAAACAAUUCAAAACAUAGCUAAUAUUUAUGUGGAGUAGCAAAGGAUUAAAUACCUGAUAAAGUACGUAAGUGUCAUUACAAUAAAAAUCAUAUCAAAAUCUUACCCCUUGCUUUCAAGUGAGGUCCCGGUUUGUCUUUGUUUCAAGGGCUGUGUACCCCUUGCCACUUAGCCCUUCCCCAUAAGAUUAAGGAGAAUUGGGACACCCCUUCACUUGAAGUGAAUACACAAAACCAAGGGCUAAGGGGAAAGACAAGGGCUAAGGGGUACAAUUGGGAUUGACCCUAAGAUUGUAGUAGUGUGACAUCUACCAUUGGUGUUAGUUUAGACUCUGGUCUUUUGUUGUGUUUUUAGCCGCUGAUCAGCUGUGAACUGGUGAAAUGAUAAGAAAAUUGUUACAAUAAUGAAAGGAUCUUUUUUUUUUGUACCAUAAAAUUAUGAAAAGGAGAAAAACAUAACACAUGUAAGCUUCCUAUCUUUAGCAUUAGCUCAUAGGGGAAAAAAUCACCUUAUGAAUGUGGUGCAAUAUCAAGAUAACCUGUGGAAUGAGAUCUUGCUGCUUUUUCUCUGGUCCAGGUGUGUUCCUAAGUCUCAGUGUGGAUGUGACUAUCAGGACAAUUAUUACCCAUCAGGGACCACGUUUUGGGAGGAUGAGACCUGCACCUCCAGGUGUAAAUGCGAGAACGGGACAGUCGAGGUUAGUAUGAGUGAAUCAAUGUGUGGUAUAUGUAGUUUGGUCUGUGAGAGACAUACCUGUUUGUAAAAUCAGAAUAUUUAUCAAUAGAUAAAUGUAUAUUUAUCAAUUAAAAAUAACACACGCUGCUGCAUCCCAGAGUUGACUGAUCUUUUCUGCUCUCAUCUGUUUCCCUGUGAUUCUUCUAUCUGCCCCAUUCUUCAUAUAGUGUGAAACAACCAGCUGUGCAAAUGAUGAGCAUUGUGCUCUUAGGGAGGGAAUCAGAGACUGCUACCCAGCAAGCUUUGGAUUAUGCAAAUGCACUGGAGACCCCCACUGCACUGGUUUGGACGGGAGGCGCUUUCAUUUCCAGGGAACAUGCACCUACAUCCUGUCCCAGCUGGUCAUGGGCCCCCAGCAACUUUUGGAACCGUUCCAGAUUCAGGUCACCAAUGAGAACAGAGGACGAAAUAAGAGGGUGUCCUGGACCAAGUCUGUGUUUCUUACCGUGUUCGGAGGCUUCACUAUUGGCAUGAGCAACACCAACAAUGGAAAGAUAAUGGUAUGGUAAUUCUGCUACCUACUUUAGUUUGUUCUUGAAUCUAUCACAACACCUAUUCCACCAAAAAACAGAUCUGAAAUGAGAGAUGAGGGUGAGUAUGAAGAUCAAACUGGAAUAACAAACAGGACAUGCUGCUCUCCCUGAAUAACUUUGACACAUCAUUUGAAUAAAGCCACUUAAUUCAUCAGGAAAACAAUAAACCUGAUUCUCCAGAGGAAAAGUGUGAAAUAAAUCAUGAUGUUGUCCCCUCCUCAGGUGAAUGGCAGGUUGACUAAUCUGCCAUACAACACUGAAGAUGGAAAUGUCAGAGCUUUCAGAAAGGGACGGUUUGGUGUUGUGAAAACAUCUUUUGGUUUGAUGGUCAAAUUCGACUGGCGUGCCAAUGUCCAAAUGAGUCUGCCAAGUACAUACACUGGACAAACUAAUGGUAAGUCUGAUGUGACUCUGCUAGUUAUCAAAUUGUACAGAGCUGUUAUUUCAACAAGAAGCUUUUAUUUCAUCAAUCUCAAUUUUCAGAUUCUACUUAAAAGAAAGGGAUCCAGGUUUUAGGAUGGGAAGUGUUCUGGUUUCUUUUGCUCGUAAGUCUGUUGUCUGAGUAGUGUCGACCAAUCAGGUAUCAGCAGGUUUCAGUGUCUGCUGAAAAAACAGUCUGUAUGGAAAGCAAUAGUAAGUAAAAUGUAUUUAGUUUAGUACCUUCAUAGAAAAGAUUUACAAAGUAUACAAACAUAAACAUCAAAAUUAAAUCAUUGAAUGGUAACGAACAAAGCAUAAUUCAAACAUUAGUUUGAACAAGGUGAGAUAAGGGCCCGUUUAAAUGAACGAGUCUUAAAGGGCUUUUUGAAGAGUGACCACAGAGUCAGCUGAACUAAUUGGGCUGAACUCUUGUUUGUAGACAGGCUUGAGAGACAACGAGCCUUGGUCUGAGGACCUGAGUGACCUACUAGGAAUGUAGGGGUGGAGCAGGUCAGCAAAAUAUUCAGGAGCCUGACCAUGCCGAGCUCCAUACACAAAACAAGAACCUUGAAAUUAAUCCUAAAUUUGACCGGCAGCCAAUGUAGGGAACAUAGAGUCUGGGUGAUGUGAGUUUUCCAACUGGGCUUGGUCAACAGUCUUGCGGCUGCUUUCAGGAUAAAUUGCAGGCAAUGAAGGGAUGACUUACUGAGGCAGGUGAGAAGUGAAUUAUCAGACGGAAGUAUUUCAUUUUGUCUGACUGCUGUGGUUGUUCUCUGUUUCAGGCUUGUGUGGAAACUUUGAUGGCAACACUGAAAAUGACUUCCUGAAACCUGAUGGUACCCUGGCUGACAAUGUUAAUGAAUUUGGUGGCAGCUGGCAGGUUUGUAUUAAUUUGGACUCAAAGAUUUCAUGGACCCAAAGCAUCUGUCACAAACUGAGACUUUAUCAAUUAAUUUAUAUUAUAACUUUAAAGUUAUUAGUAUGUGAUAUAGUUACUAUUUCAGGAUAUUUCAAGCUGAGCCAGUAAGUCGUCAUUUUUGGGAAAAACGGACAGUAAAUGACUGUAUGACUUAUAAAACACGUGACAACAGUUGCUGAGGUUUUCAGCCGCCUAUGAGCUGCUUUUAAAGUGCUCGUGCCUGCUGACUUACCCUUUAAAACCACAAUAAUAAACAACCUCUGUGCACUAUAAUGUGCUCUGUUUGUGAAGGUAAUAGCCUCUGAUAAUUCUGAUAUGCCGGUAUGAUUGGUCACAGGUUGGUGGAGAAGCCGGCUGCACCAAUAACCCUGACCCUGUGUGUGAACCUGCACUGAUGUUAGUGUAUGAGAAGAAGCCCUACUGUGGCAUCAUCUCUGACAAGGAAGGACCAUUCGGGUAAGUACUUCUCUUGUGGUUCUACCAAAACGGAUGUAGGGGUUAAUCCAAGCAGAAAUAGAGAGAAAUUGGUGAAGAAAAACACAAAAAUUUAGAAUGGGAGUUAAACUUCUUAUCUCACUCCCAACAUGUUACAUGUUGGAUUUUUGCAGUUUUAAUUUAAGUUAGAUCAAUAUGGGGUUCCAGAUUUUUUCAUUAACCACUACACUAUUGUUUAUUUUAUUUAUCUCUUUGUUGGAAACAUUGGUAUAACAUUGGUGCUGUAACAUGGAACCAUGAGCUUUAAGAAGCACUGCACUUCUACUUGUAGUAAGAUGCCAAUUUGCAGCACCCGUCCACUAGAGGCUUUUGUAAAUUUGUGAAAAAUAGUGACACCAAGAAUAUCCCGGUAUUGAUAUCAGAUACCGGUCCAAUAUCAGCAACAAAAUGAAUAACGGUUUAAUCGGCCUGCAUCUAAAAUCUCCAAUAUCAGCAAUCUGAUACCAAGCAGACGCCAGACUCUGCUCUGGUACCUCUAUCUUGCAGCGCCCGGAUCUAGCAGGUAGAGCCCACAUAAUCACAACAACAGUGUGUACUAAGAUACUGACAAAGUAACAAGGAGUAGGAGUGAUGUCGGCUGUGUCGCAGUAUUUUUUGUUUAAGUCCAAAAAAGAUGUUGCAGCUGAGUGCAAAACUUUUCACGCACAGUUUUGUGCCAAUAUCGGCUCAAUAAUGGGAUUGACCAACACUGAAGGCUACAAUAUCGCUUUCGUAUCAGAAGUAAAAAAGUUGAAUCAGGACACCCCUAAAUAAUAUUAGAGUUAGGAAUACCAUACAGUUAUAAUGCCGGGCUGAUAAAAAUGUAGAGGGCUGUAUACAGUAAAAUGUAAAGCACAUUUAUGUUUAAGCUGUCAUAAAAUACAUUAUUAUAAAACACUGCUGUCUAUGGGAAAGAAGAAGCACUGGCAUUUUCUUGAUUCACUUGGUCAAGCCUUCCCCCACCCCCCACCAAAAAGCAAAAAUAAAAAUAAGGGUGAGAGUGCACAGCACAGCUCUAUGCAACAGGGAGAGGAGAUGCUGACAGCUGCUGUCCUUAACUGGACUCAAAACUGCAGGAUGAGCUGCAGAGUUUAAUGUGCAUGUUUGAGCUUGAUCGUCACUGGUAGCAGCAGACAGAUUUUCAGCUUAGGCUCAGUAUUGAGGUCCUGGUUCAGUAGUUGGCUGAUUAUCUGCAGCCGCUCUCCAUUUCACAGACGGUAAAAACUAUCGCUGAAGUGUAUUUUCCUCUAGGUCUGUUUUCUUGCACCUGUCUCUUGAUGUUGAACAUUUCAGUUCUAAUUAAACAUUAACUGAAAGAGUUUAAACAAAGUUUGUGUUAAAGUUUAUGAUAUUAUCUAAAUGCAAAAUUUUUAUUAUCACUGUAAUUGUAUAUUGGUCCCAAAUAUCCGUUCCAUUAGAUAUCUGUAUGGGUCCCAUAUUGAAAAAUCAACAGCUGCAGCAAGGACUGUAGCCUCUAGAUACCGGGGUGCUAAACCUGUAGGCUGUCAGUACCCUGCUGCAUUCAUUUGUUUAUUAACAAUCUCAUUUAGACUAAUUUCAAGUAGUCAAAAAGUGCAGAAAUAUUAGACUAAGUAUAGGGACCCAGCCUUCAAUAAAGAUCAUAUUUUAUCCAAAAAAGACAUUUUUUACUUUAGCAGUGUAAGGAGAUCAUCUGCAGUAUGUACUUCUCUUGCUGAAAAAUAAUCAACAUUUGCCUCACUUUAAGGGCCAGUAACUGCAAAGUCUCUGACAUUUAAGAUCAUUGAACCAUUAUAAAAAAAAUAUUUAUAUAUAUUUAUUUAUCUGUUGCUCAUCCUCAGUCACCGACUUUGUUUGUCUGUCUCUACAGUCAGUGCCACGAAAAACUGGACCACAGACCAUUCUUAGACGACUGUAAAUUUGACAUGUGUGCCUUCAAAGGACUCCGCUUCACACUGUGCGAAAGCCUAACAGCUUUCGCCGACGCCUGUCAGGUGAAAGGAGGCAAGGUGGAGAGUUGGAGGAAGAACGAUUUCUGUCGUAAGUCAGAACCACCCCUUCAUUUAUCACUUCAUGCAUCCAACAAACGUUGUACCUAAUCCAUGAUGCCGCUCAUCUCUCUGUAUUAUGCCGUAAUGUCCGUCUCUGUGUCUUCCUGCAGCUAUGCCCUGUCCUGCUAACAGUCACUAUGAGUUGAGUGCCCCUGCCUGCCAGCCCACCUGUAGCAGUCUUGCCCCUCCCGAGGGCUGUGAGGAGGACUCCCCCAUGGUGGAGAGUUGUGUGUGUGAUGAGAAUUUCCUACUGAGUACCGACAAGUGUGUUCUCGUGGAAGAAUGCGGCUGUUGGAAAGAAGGAGUGUACUAUGAGAACGGAGAGGUAACACCAGCCCUCUCAUCAGCACACCUGCACAUACUUAAACCUCUACAUGUGAGGGUUCUCUCACUCACCUGUCCUCUGUCCUCAGAGUUUCAUCCGUGGAGAGUCCUGCGAUGAGCAGUGCACAUGCUCAGAAGGACAAUUAACGUGUAAUCCCUUCGCUUGUUCAGAACAUGAGAAGUGUGUCCAGAAAGACGGCGUCCCCUCCUGUGAACCCAAAAGUAUAGCCACUUGUUCUCUGACCGGUGUCAGAACGGUCAAAACAUUUGAUGGACAGGUACAGUAACUUUCCUCUCAACAAUAUCAGAGUAAACACAUCAAAAGGGCUUUACCAUGAGCCUCUUGGAGUUCUAUGGUACUGCAGAUGCCAUUUUGGUUUACUUUAAAACAGGUCGUAACCAUGUUUCCACACAAAGGUGGAGUCUUAGAAGAAUAAAGGGUUAGUGAAGGCCAAGUUUUUGGUGAGCAGCAACCUACUGUGUUGAAAUAUGAAGCAAAUCUGGAUAUACAGAAACUUGCAGUUUCUCCAGUGUCCACUAGAGGCUGUGCCAUAGAGUGAGUCAGUUCAUAUAAAGCCCUUUGUUAAAAUGUCCAAGUUCACAGCAGAAAUAAACACGGUUACAACAGCCUGGCACAAAUAAAAUGUUGGUUCCGUUGGCAAAUUUUUUUGUCCAUAACAAUUUUACAUAAGUAAACUUCUUGUAUAACUCCCCUGUUUUUGUUGUAUUAGGGCCAUACUAAGUUUCAUUGGGGCAAGGCUUUGAACUGGGUAAUAGAUGGCUUUCAGAUGUAAAUGAGAGCGAUCAGUACCUUCCUCUUAAUUUACUGCUCCAUGGAUAAAGGCAAAGUGCAUUCCCACCUGAAAGUGGUAAAAUUGGGUCUUUUAAGAAGGGCAUGAAUGGAGAUUGCUACGCUUUUGAAGCCCGCCUUAAGUGACAUUCAAGGAACUGCACCUCUCUACACUUCCACUGUGGCUUCAUUUUUAGAUCCCAGAGGUUCAAUCACUAUUGACUGACUUCUCUUUUAGUGUGUCUCCACCAUGCGUUUCAGUUCAGAAUGCAAGUUGCUAGUUGGAAAAAGUGCAGAAAUAACCAAUUUAUACUUUUUAGCGCCCUUCUGUCAAGGCACUUACCAUACUGACUCAACCCUCAGGGGUGGAGCUAGAAACUAUGUAAUCAGUUGAUUGAAAGGAAUCAUCACUAUCCUUACAGAAGUGGUAGAAAGUUCAAACUCAAGGCAAUCCAUGUUUUCAGGGAGUACUUUUAAGGCCGUCUUUGUAUCUGAGUGAGUAAUGUCAGCACACAACACUGCCCUUCAGCCCUUUGGUUUCCUCGCACAAAAACAUAUAUUCCCUGUAUAUCACCUUGAGUCUGAAUAAAGAGCUAUGCAAGACACUUCUUGUUCUGCCUAUGAUUGUCCUGGACAAAACUUCAAAAUUAAGGCAUUGUGUUAAAACAAGGGGGAUCUUGGAUCAGGCUUUUACUUUGAAAAGUAUUCUAGAAGUACAACCAUAGUAUAUUUUUAUAGUAUAUUUAUAUCAGUUAAGAUGUGCUGCUUACUCUGGCUGACCCAGUAUGUCAACAUGCAAGCUAAAAAUCAAGCCAUUCAAAAGUCUUUCAGCAAAAUGCACUGGUUGACUAGCUAAGAAAAGUCACUGUAGUUGUUAAUCACAGGUAGCCCCACCCCCAACCCCCCUUGCUUUACAGGAAAUAGGAUUUUUAAUUGUAUCAGCUUUGUUAGACAUGCUCAGUAGAAAUUCAGACACAAAGUGAAGUCUUUCUCCUCUAAUGUCUCCACCCUCUCUACCUGUAGAACUAUCCUCUGUUUGGAAACUGUCCGUUCACGAUGUCAGAAGUGGAGGAGAUGGAUGAAGGGAUGCCGGCCUACUCCGUGUUGGUGCUGCAGACAGAUGAAGCCGGUGCUGUGUCUCGUGAUGUGGAAAUCACAGUUUAUGACACAAAAAUCACCUUUGAAACAGGAGUUCAAUGGAAAGUCAAGGUAUGACUGAUGUUUUUUCUUCUUUGGGAUCAAAAAGUCAAACAUGCUGUGGACAUUCAAGGCUCAAUCGUUUCACAAUCUGCCAAGCAUUUAACCGCUGAACAUGAAGUAUCAGCCUUUAUUGAAAUCAACUUGUAUUUUAUCUGAUUUUAUUGUCUUGUUUGCAGUUCAUUAGGUAAGAAUGAUCAUUUAGGGGUGUGAUGGCGUCCUCUGCUAAAAAGUGCACAUCUGUGAAUUUUCUCUGGAAAGGCUCCUAAUGUUUUCACAUAUAUUUAAGUCCUCUCGACUUGUUUUUGUCAACGUGUUCAAGGCCAUCUCAACAAAAUCUGAGAAUGUUUAGAUUAGAAAAAAAAAUCUGACUUGGAUCGAGAAUUUCUAACAAUUCAACUAACUUUUGUCUAAGAGAAAAAGCUAGAUGUCCAUUCUAGAAAUGUUUGUCAUGGCAUUUAUUGUUUUUUAGGUCAAAGUUGUUGGUUUAAAUCCUGACUCCUGAAUCUUGAGACCUGACUUUAUCAUCAUAGUUUCGUGUAAAAAUUCAGGCCUUAAAAAUACUCAUGGGCCUAAAUUCUCCUCUGUUGUUGUAGAAAAAGUUUUAAAUAUUACAUUAUAAGUUAUCCCAGUUAUAAGUUUGUUUUACAGCGACAUAUAAUACAUCUUUCUUUUCAGAUUGAUGACGUCGCAGUCGUUCUCCCUUGGUCACUGGACAAUGACAAAGUUCUAAUAACUCAACACUGCAACUUUAUCGUGCUUGAGACUGACUUUGGUCUGAAGGUGACCUAUGACACAAAAGGAGGAGUGGUUUUACAGAUCCCAUCCACCUAUCACAAUGCUCCACGCGGUCUCUGUGGAAACAACAACAAUGACCCCUCUGACGACAUGGAGAACGGCGAUCCUCUGGAGACAGCAAACCUUUGGCUGGUAUCGAUAGACGAUGUUCAGUGUGAGGCAAGCUGUGGAGCUGCUACCUGUCCUGGACCUGAUGAUGGUAAUGUCCCAAAUGCUGAAACGGACUGUGGCAUCAUCAAAUCACCAGAGGGUCCAUUUGUGGAAUGCCACACCACAGUUGAACCAUCUCCAUACUUCGAUGCCUGUGUCAGGUAAGAAGAGUUGAACUCUAUUUAUUCUGAAUCGAAUUCAGAGGUAGCCAGCAGGGGGCAGAUUGUACAGGGGUCUGUGAGAAAGUGGUCCUCCUCCUCCUCAGCUGAUUUUGUCACUCAGUAAACUUUUUCCUAAUGGGUUUAUGGACCCAAUCUGCAGUUUCUGGUCUUCUUGAAUACAGCAUGAUGUUUAUUAAGUAAAUUAUGGUCCAUUUAAAGCCACAGAGACCAGAAAGAUGGAGUAGAGUCAGACAGGGAAAACCUGGAAUUGUGAAGCAGCUGCCAUGGGGUCUUGAUCUUAUGAACUAAAAGUUUCUUAUGAGUGCUUAGAUGCUUAAUUUUCAACUGUUUAAAACAUUUUUCUGUCAGCCAUAUGAACAUACUAGGUAUGCAGUUUAAAUACCACCCUGUCAAUCAACUUAGCUACCAUCAAAUCUAAAAGAUAACCUAAUUAAACUGAAGUCUUACAAGAUUAGGACACGUGGUAAAAACUGAUAUUUGGAGAGUAAUGUUGCAGCUUUAUAACUCAUGAACAGAUCUGCAAAAUUAGGUCUUAUUAUAACCCAUUAAUUUUGAGUUUCAUAAUAAAGUUUUGGUGGUUUGUCUCCUCAGUGAGUUGGCGACACACAAUUUAGAUCAACAGAUCCUGUGUAAACACAUCUCAAUUUAUGUUGCUGCCUGUCAACUUGCUGGAGUUGCAUUAGAGCCAUGGAGGCGCCCUGAUUUCUGUCGUAAGUUCAAGUCAAUCCAUAGUUGAAUUGUUUUGAAUUCUGUAUGUAUUUUGAAUAUGUAUUUGUGUAUGCAUUUUGAAUCCUAAUCUUAUGUGGCAUUGUGAGUUGUGUUCUGUUCAGGUAAGAGUUUUGAGGUCCAGCUGCACAUGGUUAAAAGUUUAAACAGUUUUUUAUUGUUCAUAGAUAAAAAUCCCCAAAUCUGCUAAAUUUAAACCACAGAAAUCUUUGAUUCCUUCAUCUCUGAGUGUCGGGUCUAUUGUCAUUGUCUCCGCAGCGCCGACGUGUUCAUCAGGGAGUCACUAUGAGCUGUGCGCCUCCUCCUCAUCCUCCACCUGCGCCUCCCUCGAGGAGCCAUUCCCCUCCACGGUCUGUCAGGAGGGCUGCCAGUGUGAUGACGAGCUGCUGUCUGAUGGAAAUCAGUGUGUCCCAAUGGAGAAUUGUGGCUGCCUUGUGAAUGGAAACUAUUAUCAAGUAAGAACCUUCUUGAUGUCGGGCAAAAUACCCUGAUGGCAGCAAUAACCUGAUCACACAUCAUUUCACAUUAAUCUGAGAAAGGUAGUGCUGCAUGUGUUUGCACAAAAAUAUUGAACAUAACACAAAAAUUAGUAACAACUCACAGAAAAUAUGUCAUAGAAAUGGACACAAAAACUUUUAUAAAAAAUAUAAUCCUUAACACCAAAGAUAUUUGUAAUGUUCCUAUUCAAAUUUUAAAGUGUUCUGUGUUUUCUAACUGUGAGUGAAUGUGUAUGGCACGGGCACAUGUGUGGUUGGAUGAGAAAGUGAGGAGGUGGGGUGAGCGACAGAGACGGGGGUUCAGUGUGUCUAUGUGUAUGCUUGUAUGUGUGUGAGUGAAGAGCUGAGGGACAGAGAGAGCAAUCAUGGAAGUUGGUGUGUUGGUGCAGUUACUGUUAUAAAUUUUAUUUUAUUUUUUUGUAGCAAAUCAUAUUUUUGUCCUUGUCUUUAACGUGUCUGGUCAGACGCUACAAUACUUUCAGAGGCGGGCUACUGUCAGAGCGAGGCUUUAGUUAAUUUAAGGUACAGUAUAGUUCACAUGUCUAAGGCCUUGGGGACCCACUGUAUAUGUAAACUUGAGUAGUCCCUUAUGAGCAUCCUUGACUCAAGUGCACAGGGACAUUGCACUACAUGAAGCUGGACAUGUCAGUGUUGGUAAUGCUAAUUGAAUGAGGGUGGGUUUAGUGUCCUGGAACGUCAGGGUCUAGAGCUGCAAGAAUCAAACAAACUCCUUUUUUGCACAAAUGACAUUCUUUAACCACUUGUUGUAUAUGCACCUGUAGCCAUGUGGUCUUCCAGGUCCUUCCAGCUGGUUAAUGAUGAAAUCUAUAAUUUCUACAUCAGCUUGUUCCUUAACUUUAAGGCAAUGCAUUUUGAGCAGCCAAAUGAAGUGUUUUUUGCUAAGAAUUACUCCAUGCCUUACCACAAGUGACUAAGGCAUAUCAUUGUAAUUCAUUCCCAUCUUGUAAUUUAAUGAAAUUAAUUCAAGCAUGUCCAUUUUAAUAAUCAACAGUCUCUUUAUCCCUCUAAAACUGACAGAUCCCAUUAUAUCAGGUGAAUUAUCUCAUGGCCGCGCAUUAACUUUCUCGUGGCCACAGGUUAUCAUCUCAUGGCCACGCAGUAAUGUUUUUUUCCUCCAAUGUCACGAGAGUUUAUUUUAUUUUCAAUGACUCAAAGGCAUUUCAGUUAACACGAAACAAUUCAUAAAUAUAAAAAUUUUAGCAAUUUCAAAAUUACACAGAAACAUUUUUUAAAGGCAUGAAAGUAUUUCAUGUAACAGUAAGCAUUUCACAAAAAAAAAAUAUAAAUCACAAAAAGGAAAUAUUUAAGUGUUUUGAGAAAUAUUUUUGGGGUUUGUGACAUAUUUUUCCAACUGGCAAUGUAGUUUUUACUUCCAUGAAAAAUUGCAACAAUCUGUGACAUACUUCUAUGUUUGGGGAAUAUUUUUGCAAAAUAUAUGAUUUUUUUUCAUUUUUAUUAAUUUUUUUCCCUAAAUGUGAGGCUUUGUGAUUUGUGAAAACUGAAGGUUUCAAUAUUUUAGUACUUGUCAAAAGUAUUUCAUAAUAUUUUUAUAAUUUUGAAAUAUUUUUGUAUUUUGUAGCAUUUUUGUAACAUUUUUUUUUGUUUUGUGACCAAUUAUUACUUAUGAGACAUCAGUUUAUUCUUUUAAAAUAUUUUUUGCAAUAUGGAAGAAUUGUUAUGUAUAUGAAAGUGUCUUUGUAUUAGACAAGAAUAUCUUAGUUUUAGAUGCAUAAAAUAUUUAGUUGUGUUGAGUUGAUGUAUGUGUCUUUUUAAAAAUCAGAGCAACUUUUUUUUUUCAGUCGGGGACAUCAGUCUUGAAUGAGGACUGUUCAGAGAGCUGUACCUGUGAGGCCGGAGUGUUCACAUGCAUAGAUCACAGCUGCCAGGAGGAGGAGGAGUGUCUCAUAAAGGAAGGGAUAAUCGGCUGCUACCCCAUAGGUCAGAUAUUUUUAUUUCAACCUGCAUGUCUUUUUUAGCAACAGCAGCUUGAGUCACAUCAUCUGUCUGCUACACUUUCCAUUGGAAUAAAUUAUUUCAAAGAUGUUAUUAAUAAUCAAAUCAUUUUCUGUGUGUGUUUGUGUGUGUGUGUUUGUCUGUGUGUGUUUCAGACCCCUGUGAGGACAUAGAGUGCAGGGUGAAGGAGCAUUGUGAAGUCAUUGAGGGAGAAGGUGCUUGUGUCGCUGACUUUAAAGCAACAUGCUGGGCCUUUGGUGACCCACACUUUGGGAAACUGGAUGGCGGCAGGUUCUCCUUCCAGGGAACCUGCAGCUACAUCUUCCUCACCACCACAGGUGAGAUUUUACCUGACAGACAAACCAGGCCUUUAGGUCUUUGACCCACUGUGAUUUCACACUAAAGAUUUGAUUUGUUCACCUUUACAAGUUACUCUAACAUCAAGUGAACCAAACAAGACAAAAACAGGGACAGUAUGUUCAGUUCAGGAAAUCAACUUAGUCUGAGCUGAUCUGUUAAAAACCUCACUGAUAUUAUCAGUGCAGUUGUUGUUGCACACACCUUUGCUUUGCCUUGCCUACUAUAAAAUGAGUUUUUCUCCUCCUCAGAUCUGGAUCCAACGUUGCCAGAAGUGACUGUGACCACGAAAAAUGAGCUGAGAGGAAACUCUCAAGGCUCCUACGUGCGUUCAGUCACUGUGGAGAUGCUGGGUUAUCGCAUCGACAUCCCCAGCGGACAGGACGAUAUCAUUUUGGUGGCUCAAGAUGAUGUGAGUGGAUCUUUUCAUUUUAUUGCACCUUUGAUGAUCUUUUAGUAUCUCCACUCAUUGCUGUGCAGAACUACACUGUGGGUGCUCAUCUUGCAGCAUUGAACUCUUUCUACUGAUAUGAUGAGCUGGAUGGAGAUUGUCAAUUCAUUACAAAUGCCACGAUUCCAAAAUUCAGAGUAAAUGUCUGCUCGGUGAAUAACAGAAUUAUGUUUCUCUGUAGGAGGAGGGCAUGAAAGAGGAACUUCCCUAUUUCACUGAGGAUGGCAGGCUGUCCAUAACUAAAUCAGGAAUAAGAGGAAUAAUCGAGACUGACUUUGGCGUGGAGAUUACUUUUGAUUGGUCCACUUUGCUCAUGGUCACCCUCAGUAGCAGUUACUUUGGUAAUACUGGUGGACUGUGUGGUAACUACAACGGGAACAGUACAGAUGACAUGACAACUCCUGAUGGCGUCCUUCUUACUGAUGUGGCGGCCUGGGCAGAAUCCUGGAGUGUCCCUGAUGGGGACAUUUUCUGUUACCAUCAAUGUGAGGGGGAUUGUCCUCAGUGCUCACAGGAAGACCAGAAGAAGUAAUGCCUUCAAACUAUUCCAAAUUUUAAUAACAACACGUUAUGGCUCAGUGUCCUUGUCAUAAAUGUUAUUUCCUCCUCUUCCUCUACAGGUACUCAGGUCCAAAGUUCUGUGGGUUCCUAAGCAAUCCGGAUGGACCUUUUGCUGUCUGUCAUGCUACAGUUCCUGUGAAGGACUUGCAGUCAGACUGUCUGUAUGACGUUUGCCUCAAUGAUGGACGACAGGAAGUGUUGUGUGGAGCCCUUAGCAGCUAUAUGGCGGAGUGUCAGAAACUUGAAGUCGAUGUGGGGCCGUGGAGGGAGCUGGCUGGAUGUCGUAAGUUAAAAAUAUGAACAUGUACACCAAGUUUGGGAGGUUUUGGCACAAAUUAAGGACUUAAUAUCUGACUAAUUUUCCAUGUUUGUAACUUUAUAAUCAUACAAAUUUGCUCUGUAUCUCAGACAUUUGCCAUUUUUUGCAUUCCUUUGUCUCUGUAUAGUCUUUAAAUCAUUUUUGGAUUUCUUCUCACAAAUUUGCAAGCCCUUUUUUUGAAAAAACAAACAAACAAAUGUUUAAUUUAAAAUUUAAAAUAAUUAACUCCAUAGUUUUUUCACUAACUGCUAAAUUUGUUUUCCACAUAUUUAAAGGAAUAUUCCAGCGUAAAGUUGGUAUAACUAGAGAAGUCAGCAGUUGGCAACAUUCAUCUUUCAAGGGGUUGUCUAACUCGGUGCUACAGUGUGUUUGACCCCAAAAUUUUACGCCGGAAUAUCCCUUUUAAGACUUAAACGUAUUACAUAUUUGAGUCUUUUAUUUCACAGUGUUUCAAUUGAUAAGUGACCAAAAAAACAGCAAAAAUUUGCCUGUUAUUUCUUGACAAGUUUGUCAGUUAUUAUAGAUGUAUUACUGCAAUUUUUUGGAUCUUUUCACAUCACCUUUUGACCCAAAUUAAAACUUCUUAAUCCCACUUAUUUGUUCGUUUUUCAUAUAGACUUACUUCUUUAUAAUAUAAAAAAAUUGGUUCCUCAAUCUUUCUUUAAGAAUUAAUGAUUUAGAAUUUAAUGAUUAAUAAUUAAAUUUCCGCAAUUAUACACACAUUUCAGAUUCAUUCAUAGUUGCUGUUUUCUUUACAUGUAUUUGAUUUUUAACUGUAUUGAAUAACUGUUUGAUUUCAAUAAUUGUUUGAAUUCAGAGAGAGCAUUUUGCAAGUGCAGGUGGUUUUAAAACAUGGGGAACAGCAGAUUGACAAAAACUGAGACUGAUUUUACCGUCAGUGGAGUUGCCCUCUGUUGGAUUUUAGAGGAAUUAUUCCACAUCUGUAUUAACUCUCCCUUUCAGAGCUGGAGGCUAUGACCACUUCUCAUUUAAAUCAAAGCUCCAGAUAGUCUAACAUCUCACCCUCUUGUCCUCCAGCUCUCGAGUGUCCUGACAACAGUCACUACUCAACAUGUGGCCCAGCAUGUCCAGCCACCUGUGGUCCUCAGCCAGAGGUGUGUCCGCAUGAAUGUGUCGAGGGUUGUUUCUGUGAUGACGGAUACGUUCAGAGUGGAGAAGAGUAAGUUCAACAUCGUCAACAGUUUUCUUAAGGGUUAAAUAUUUAAAUAACAGAUCUGCACUUCACAGGAUGACUGUAUUCUGUUCAGGGAUUUAAAUAAAAGAGUUACACUUGGUUGAAAGGUGGUUAAAGUGCUUCAAUACACCCUGUGUUUAGCAUCGCUACAUAUUGAUUAUUGUUCAGAUCUUUUUUGUUAUUUUCCACAUUCAUGUUUCUGUCAUAUACAGACUCAUUUCAAAAUAUUCACCACUUUUCAUUGUUGUGCAGUAUUUUAAAGUGUUUACAAGCUACUUUUUUUUAAUAUAAACCAACUUUAUGCUGAAAUAUUAUUUUAGUUCAGCACUAUCAGUUUAUUUGCACAUACCAGAUUGGAGAUAAUAAAAAAGAAAUUCCUUUGUCUGUAUGACUGUUUGUGCAGCCACAUGACUCUUUAAGGACUAUUAAUACUUUGUGGUUUUGGACAAUCAACAAAUGUCACUUGGACCAAGACAAACCCAGCUAGCAGCCAGGCACACACAGAGCACAAAGUGAUAACGAAUCCCUAACAAUCACUAGAAACUUGAGAUUUCUGGGUAAACACGACUCAAUCAUUAACCAACUGAAUGGGCAGAAGUUCAGACCAUCAAGAACCCAUUACUAAAAAACACCUUCAUGGUGAAAAUGAAGUUCAGUUGUUCAGUUGUUGACAAUCUGAAUGUUUUUUAUUGCAUUCAAUAGAAACAAGCUGCAGAUAAAUAGUGACAACCAGAGGUGGUAUUUGCAGAUCCUGCUUUUUUUCCGUACCUGGAUGAUGAAACUGAACUGUCAAUUUUCAAAUGUUGAAAAGUAAAACUCAAAUACUAAAUGUUAAGUAGUAUAAAUCAGCCUUGUUUUGAUUUUUUUAAUCUGAGACAUUAUGAUUUCCUUGCUUUUCUGUCUGAUAGGUGUGUAAUCAGAGAGCAGGGCUGUGGCUGUGAGUUUGAGGGACAUUAUCGCAAACCUGGAGAGGAGUUUUGGGGCAACGUUGAGUGCACUGAGAAGUGUGUAUGUGACCCAGCCACACAAAGCGUGACGUGUGAACCUGCAGCAUGUCAGGCUGGAGAGGUGUGCCGCAUUGAAAACGGAGUCCGGGACUGCCACCCAGUGCGCUUUGAGACUUGCGUCACUCGUGGGGACCCACACCAUUAUGGCUUUGAUGGACGAAGGGUGGACUUCCAGGGCAACUGUGUGUACAGGCUGGCUGGUUUGUGUGGACCAAACCCCACAGGUCUGAAGCCCUUUGAGGUAAGCUACACAGAAACUAGCUGCGUUUACAUGGGCACAAAUAAGCUGGCCCAUGAGUCCAAGAGGCUUUUUUGUUCGUCUUGGGUUCCUUCACAAGUUUCCCCCGAUUCCACAGCUGUGGGUCACACACAGGGGUGUGGCUGAAUUCUUUUAAUUUUGUGGGGGGCACUUAAGAGACAUUUUUGGUUGGAUCUCCAUUUUGACAUUGUAGCCCUCAAGAGGACACCCCUCCAUGUGGCUGCAUAUCUAUAGCAAAAUCACAGAUGCAAUUUUUUGAGUCAUUUCAUAGCGCCCCCUAGGUGAAGUUAUACGGACCAUGGUGCUGAUUUUUUUGCCACUUUGGUACCGCGUCAGAAUCUCAGCUACUCAGCUACAUCCCAUCAAUAAAGAAGGAAUUACAGGCCAUAAACUGAAAAAACGCGAUCAGCUUUGGCCACCAUCAUUAAGAGAAACUCCCCAAUCAUGAUAAUCUAAAAAACGCGCUAGCCAUUCUUUUUUUUUCCGUCCAUGUAGGGAUACCUGUAAAAUAGGUGUUUUUUCAGUCUGGCCCAUUUAGUCUUAGUGCAUGUGUAAGAACAUCAUGAUCAGAUUAUUUGAUUUUGCACCCACAUAAACAGUUGAUUUGUAUUUUCUGAUCCCUCAUGUAAAAAUGGCUCCUGUCAGACAAGAUCUGCAGCAAAAUAGAAAAUGAUAGUGUGUGUAGCCAUCCAAGUUGGCAGCAAGAAGCAGAAUUGUACCUAAAUCAGCUUAUUUAAAGGAUUCAGUGAGGAAAACAUCUGAUAAGGUAUCCAUUUAUAGGAAUCAAUAUGAUGCCUAUGAUGAAGGAAGUUGUCUCAGCAGACUCUAUAAAGUCCUGAAAAACGGACAUCUCAUUGGGCAUCAUCCUACCUGCAGCAUGAUGCUCCUUACAAAUGUUUUCUCAUUUUCUAGCAAAACAUGACAGCUUUAAUUCUACUUCCAGUGUGAAGCUCCGGCUAACAUCUGCACAGUUAUUAUAAUCCACUCCUGUCACAAGCCUGUGAUGGGCCUUGAUAUAAAUAUUUCAAGACCCUAUCUUGCCACAUCAGCACAUUCCCAGGUUAAGAAGGUGCACAGUCACAGACAACCAUUUCAAACACUAUAAAAGCAGAAAAUUUGUGUGAUCACAUAAAAAAAACCCACCUCAAACCACCACAGUGCCCAUUUCCAAGCACACACUCUGGUCCUGUUCUGCUGGGUCUAUCCCUGUAACCAACAUGAUGUAUUAACAGUUUGAGCUUCACACUUAUCCAGUUGUCUUGCCCCCUGUUAUUUCCGGGCACUGAUUUUGUUUUGGCUCUCAAAAAUCAUACAGAUUGCUGAGUGAGUAUUUUCUUCAGCUUGCAUCCCUGUACAAGCUUAGCAGAAAAAAAAGUUCACACCAAUUAUCAGCAUGGAGUCAUAAAACUUUUCAAAAGAAAAUAACCUUAUUCGGCGAGUAAUUAUAAUGCAUACUGACUAUUUGGGGGAUAUGUGGUUCAGUAACUAACAUAAUCACAAACAUAGAUAUAAUGGCUGAAGUCUUAUUCAACACUGUUAGUGUUCUAAUUUUAAAAAAUCUCACAUGCAUGUGUCCAGAAAUGUUUGUCCACUUUACAACUCGACAUGAUGAUCAAUGCGGUGUAUCUGACCUGACCCUACAAUGACAAGAAUUAUCAAAAGUGACAUUUCAAAACCUAUUUCAAUGCCAGUAUUACCACCCCAUAAUUUUUGUUGUUAGAAUACUGUUCACUGCUACGAAGCUGGAUUAAUUCACCCAGGAUUACUCUGCCACAACUCGCUCAACUUCACCAGAUCAGCUGUAUUAUGAGGCAGGAUAUCAACUCGAUAACUGAAUCCAGCUGAGGCCAGUCUAGAUCUGUGCACGCACAUGUAAAGGGUGAGGGGUCGGUACCACCGAACCACUCUCCACAAUGGAGGAUGCUGCAUGUCAUAUUUCACAGAGCAUUAUUUUACGCAAAUACAGGGAGUACUGUGACAUUAUAGCGACAAGGAGCAAGACUGCUGCAGCCGCAGGAAGCCAGAGGGGCUGCCGGCAAAAAUUCACCGAUAGUGUAGAUUACAUUUGUGCAUUCAUAAAUUUAUGGUACCCUAGUAUGUUUUCAUGCAGUGUGUGUGAUCACCAUCAUCAUUGACCUUAUUAUUUCAGAUGCAACAGCAAUGGGGAAAAGAGUAUGCAGGAGCAAAUAAAAACAGAUAUAAAAACAUCCUUCAAAGUGGUUUGUAGGUUUAUUGGAAGAUUUUAUUGUACAUAUUUCAACAUGUAAACAGUGAUUUCCUUGCACUACCUCAAUGUGGAGCUUUUUUCUUUUUACUCCAUCAUCUGACGGUCCCAUGCCAUCUGCAGACACAUUUGGGGUUAAGAGGAGCUUUCUAAUCUGCUUCAAUAAAUUCUAAAUGAUGACUGAUAUGCUGCAUGAAACUCGAACUUGGAGCUUGGCAAAUAUCAGUGCAUUACUUAGACUUCAUGCUACCUGAAUAUUGAGGCCGUCCAAGGAAAACCUGUAACAUUCAAAGAGAACGUCAUCAGGUAAAUCAAACGGAUUUGAACGAUCAUGAAUAUAACGCUCUUGGCAAAGCACUCCUCUCACUAUCCGUGCACCAAUGUCCAUGGGAUCCAGCAAAAGUGGGCAAACCAUUUUCCAAGAGAUCCGACUGGUCAGUCGGUGGUCUUUUAUACCCGCUGAGAUCUUAUCCUGAAACAUAACCUGCUCCAGAGCGGGUUUGGCGUUCUGCACAAGUUACCCGAGCAACGGAAAAUCCAGGAGUUAUCCAGAAUUUAUCCCACUAAGAUCACACAUAGCUUCGUAGUAUAGGCCUCGGGUCAGUACAUCUGUGCAUGAUUUGCUGAAAACAAAAAAAAAAACAAAAACAAACAAAAAGACACUUUAAGAGUUGUAAAAUCAAAAGUUUGCCGCUGGCUCUAUAUGCAAUAUUGACAGGCUAGACAUUAUUUUAAAGUUGCAACUUCCAACAUUUUUCUGAGGUAUAAUAACUCAAAUAAUGUGCAACAACAUGUCCAAUUCUAUUUUAUAUACUGUGUAAAACACUUUAUUUUUGUUGUUGUUGUUGCUUGCAUUUUUUCUUCUUUUCAAUUUUUUUUUAUAUAAUUCUUUUUGUAUAGGACCAAGUUAACUUUUUAUAAAUAUCCGUGCACUGUAUACUUAUUCUUCUAUUUUUGCUGUGCUGAUCCUGCUGUGAGCACUACAAAUUUCCCUACAGCAGGAUGAAUAAAGGUUUAUCUUAUCUUAUCUUAUCUCAUCUUAUCUUAUCUUAUCUUGUCUUAUCUUACACAGUGACGCUAAAAUGGAUUAAAAACAGAAAGAGAAAGGUUUUUGUUCUACCUGUAUUCAAAGAUCAUUUUACUUCACUCUGUGGAUUCUUAUUUAACCCUUCAUUUGUUAUCCUCUCCCUUUCUGCCUCCUUUUGUCUCUCUUUCCUUCCUCCCUCUCUCUUCUAACUUUGUUGAACUACAGAUUACUCUGGAGAACGAAAACCGCAACGGCAACAAACAAGUAUCUUACGCCAAGGCAGUGACACUUAAGGUCUUCGGCAAAGAGUUUACGCUUACACGGGAUAACCCAAGAAAAGUGCUGGUGAGAAAUAAGCUCAAGUACACACCGUCACGCAUAUGUGCAAACUGUGGGUGUUGAGGCUAAUUUAUACUGUAUGUCUGCAUGGGAGUUAAGUGUGCCUGUACUUUGCAUUGAUUUUAUCGAUAUCUCUGCACUUUUUUGAAAACAAUCUAAACAUUACUGUGACUUUGAAAAUUGUGUGGGCAGGAUUGAGCAGUGUAGACAACAAUAACAGGAAAAACUGCAGAACACAACCGAGAAGAAUGCGUCUAAAAACAGUGCAAUAUUUUAGGAAUGAUUGUUUGGGUCGGUUUCAGAGAGAAAAAUGUACUUUUUCCAAUGUUUAUUUCUAAAGCCAGCAUAAGCAGCAGAGGCCUACCUGUCAUGUCAUUUUGGAGUACUUUUAUUUCUGCAGCCUUUAGUCCUAGUCAACAAGAGGGGGACAUGUAACAUUUUCACAGUCUUUCCUGUACCGAGGUUAAAGUUUGGUUCAGUUCCUGUCUUAAUAUUAAAAUUGACAGAGACUUGUCCCUAUUGAGAUAGUCUGACAGCCAUACAGAACUCAGACCUACUGUUUUCUCUUUGCUACUACCAACCACAAGUACUGCUGGGUACCAGCAUCUGCUCAGUAUUUAUUCUGAUUAUGGAGUAGGGCACUCUCAGAACUCUAUUAUAUUACUGCUGACUGAUCCCAGUCAGCAUUCUGUACAAUACCGGUCAUCCCUGUGGAGACACAGAUGUCUCUGAUAAGGGUAUAAGAGGUAGUCUGCCUGGUAGUUGCUCGAUCUUAUCCUGUUUUUUAUCUGUUUCAGUUCUUCUGUUAGUGUUUAGCCAUGUGUUCUUAUGGACACCCGUGUCUGUCAUCAAAGAUGAUGAUGACCUAAUGCAUUGUUUGGGUUAGAGCAAAAAGUCAGAAAACUUGCUUUGUUGCACUGGCUAAUGUACAGUUUGAUAACAUGAGAAAAUGUAGACCUUGAAUAUGAGAUGGUUCUGCUUUUCCUCAUGUAUUUAGAUGACAGACAAUAUCUUAGAUUUGGACUAAAACAGUUUUCUUUGGGGAAUCAUCUUGACAAACAUUUUGUCUGAUGAUAUCUCUACCUGCCAGAAACACCACCCAACGUGAACCCUCCAUCAAUCUGAAAUUUUCCACAUUCUCAACAAGCAGAGGUGAAACGUGCUUGAACUUCUUUCUGCACACUGAUUUGAAAUGACGUGGGAUUUGGUUGUUCUUGUUGUUUUUGCUUUUCAGAUUGGAUUGCUGCUGUAGUUGUUAUGUGUUUUGACCAGUUAGGAUGAGGUACUUGACACAGCUGAGUCAUGAGUGGGAGAAAAGUUGUUGUUAAAGCUGUUGAUUGUUUACUGAAAUUUCUGGUCACACCACAAAGACUGCUGAUGAAAUGUAUUUUCUUUGAUGGGAGAGGAAAUUUGAAGGCAUACUGUGAUCCGGACAAUAAAUAACCAGCAGAUGCUGCAAAUGUCCUUGACAGAGAACCAACAUGGACACUCAGGGCUCUAUUUUCGUUCACGCCGAUUAAGGCGGCGGAGGGCGGCGAGCCCCGCGCAGUUGUAUUUUCGUCUGGUGGAGCCCGGCGUAAGGCGAGUUUGGUAUUUUCGUGGACUGAGUCGCACGGAGGCGAGCCGAGAUCCGCCAAGCUGGGCGUGGUGGCGUGGCAGGGGGAGGUGUUGACAGAAUCAGCUGGCGCAGUGACAUUUUCGUGCUCGCCACCGGCGUGUAACGUGCGCUGAAAGCUCGCCGAUUCAAACCUGGUCAGCUUUCAGCGCAAGGCAGAACGCAGCUGGUCUAGUAGUAUUUUGGUAGACCGGCGGCGUAUCUACAUACGUCACCGAUGCCUCACCGGCAGGUUUCCACAGUGUCAGGCAGAUUUCAGUGCAAUAAAUAAUCAUCAACAACUAUUAUUCGAGUCAGCACAUACAUUUAGAUCUAUAUCGAUAUAUUCUGAUCUAUAUCUGAUCUGAUGAGCGCGUUUGGCACGCGUUUGGGCACACAACCUGACCGAAUCAAUACAGCUGAAACUGCAUCAAAUUAAAUUAAAUAUCUAGUAAAUAAACACACACGAUGAAGUUAACAAGAUAUGUAAUGUGUCUCCCUCCUUUUCUUUCUUCCUCUUAUUUCUCGCACAGCUCGACCUGGACACGUCUCCGUGUCCUCUGUCCGUCUUGCUGCUGCUGCUGCAGCUGAACAGAUGAUUUGUUUCAGUGCUCAGAUGCGUGAUCUACUUUAAGCCGACAUAUGGAUAUCAUAAUAUUCAGUUUUGUGGGCCAAAUUUAUUUUAUAUGCCAACAUCUAUGAAAGAAAGAGCCAGGCCACGGAGCGCGAUGCGUCAUUUACGCACAGAUGGUUCCGAUUUUAAUGCCAUUUUUGGAGUUUAUGUUGUGAUCUGUACGCUAAACCCCCCUUUGUCACGUGAGGUUUGAAUAUAUGCAACUUUAUGUGAGUGUCUUUUUUGUGGAAAAGGGUGUUUGUCUUACCAGUGGGUCCAACAUUACGCACACCAAAUCCAUCUGUGCUCAAGUGAGAGAGUGUGGAGGACACUUGUUUAGCAGCUGCCCUCUGUCGCCAUCGUGUGGCAUAACUGUCUUCAGACAUCUCUUGAUCUCUUUGACUACUUCAUGAAAAUAGUAAUACGCCUCGCCGGUGGCUGAUUUAAAGGCAAGGAGAGGAGCUUAUGUGAUUGGUGAAAACAGGUCUCGGCUGUGUUAAACCCCUUAUACGCCCUCUCUCCUCCCCAUCUACGAAUUAUGCUGCCGGGAGGAGCUGAGUUAGGGAGGGGGGAUACUUACGCCGGGCUGCGCGGCUCACCAAAAUACCAAAAUGUGCUUGGGAACGCCUUGUCAGCGCGGCGGAUCUGAUUGACGCUGCGCUUGCGGCAGAUCUCCGGCGAGGCACCAAAAUAGAGCCCUAAGUCUUUUUUUUCCCCCACAGGUGGAUGGUCUUGAAAGGUCCCUGCCGAUGUCAUGGGAAAACUCUCUUGUGCAGGGUCAGCUCCAACACAGACAUGCUGUCAUUGAGACACACUUUGUCAAGGUAUUUAUGAAUGUAUUUCAAUGCUAAAUAGAACAUCUAAACUGGCCCUGCUUUGAGAGUACUGAACAAUAGGGUGCAUUGUUUUUAUCAUGCCCCUGCCAUAAGGGAACUCUGGGGGUCUGGUCCCACAGUUUAAGAUCAUCGUUUGCCUUGACAACAUAUUUUGAAGGAAUAAAAAUCAAAAAUGUAUUACAUGCCGCUACGUUAGAAAAAGAAGUCGACUCCAGUUGAAGGCAAAGUUUCUGUUUCAACUUCAUGUAUGUUUGAGGUAAAUUACUUUUAAGGACUUUUUUCUUCAUGUUUUCUUGGUUGCAGGUCUCCUUUGACUUCUCCAGUACAGUGAAGGUACACCUGGCUUCAAGUUAUAAUAACGCAGUCUGUGGUCUGUGUGGAAACAUGAACGGAGACCCUUCAGACGACAUGAUGCUGCCCAAUGGGGAGCAGGCCGCUACUGCCAAUGAGUUUGGAGUGAGCCAAUGGGUAGCCGAUGUGGAGGGCUGCUCCAAAGAGUGUAAGAAGCUCAUUCACUGUUAUCAUGAAUGUUCUGAGCAACAACUAACUAUGAGUAACACAGGGGUCAACGAUCUGCAGUUGCCUGGGUGAUCUUCAGUGGAGAAAUGCACUGUAAAUAAAAAACAAAACAUGUUGCAACAAGCUAAAACAACUGCAUAAUCAGCAAAUACACAAAGCACAGAAGCAUCUGCAAUAAGCAUCAAAGCAGCAAAUGAGAUGCUCUGAUGUUUAUUGAUUUUAGAAUAGAAUAGAAUAGAAUAUUCCUUUAUUGAUCCCCCAUGGGGGACAUUUUUUUGUCACAGCAGCAUCACAGACAGAGUGCAAAAAUGCAGUUAUAGAAAUAAAGAUCCUAAUAUUAAGAACUUAAAUAAAUGUAACAAUUAAGAAAAAAAAUAGAAAAAGGAAAAAGGGAGAAGAAAAAUAAAACUAUCUACAAAACUAUCUACAUUUUGAUUAAAUGUUUCUUUGGGUUGAAAGCAAGAUGUAAAAAUGUAUAAAGCAGGAUAAUCCAUUUCAUUUGUAAAAGGAAUUCGAAGAUAUGCAAAAAUAAUAAUGGGACUGCUGCUGUUUUUUUUCCAUCCUCAGGUAAAGACUGUCCUCCAGAUAUCCCUCCUGGCACCGAGCCACCCGCUUACACCAAGGACUGUGACAUAAUAACAGCAGAGGAUGGACCCCUGGCUGGAUGCAUAAACCUCCUUAAAGCCGAACAGUACCAUGAAGACUGUGUGUAUGACAUGAUGCUGACAAACGGCAGUCGAGAUGCAGCCUGUGCCAUCAUUAGAGAUUAUGUGGAAGAAUGUCUGAGUAAAGGUGGCGAGGUCAAACCAUGGAGGACAAAGAAAUUCUGCCGUAAGUCUUGUAUUGUUUUUUAGUUGUUGUUGUUGUUGUCGAUGUAACCCACAGAAACAAGCAGCACAUUGAUGCAUCCAUGUCUGUCUUCUCCAUCUCUGGGGCUACAGGCAGUGCUGUGCAAGUUCACAAUUAAAAUGAGUUUCCAGCAGCUCCAUUUUUUUUUCUUCCAGUAAAGCUCCCCAAGCUUCAAUCCCUAACUCUCAACCAUUUACAUUUUCAGUGCCACAUACAAAGAAACAGUUAAGCAUAGCAUUCACACAGCAAAUUCAGAAAUGUUGGAAUGUCAAAAGCAAACAAACUGGAUCCAGAAGUUCCAAAAGUUUAAAUUUAGACAAAUUAAAGGGGCUCUAGGACUGUAGAAGGUACUCAGGGAAGCUAGAUUUGGUGAUACCCAUUUUGGGAAUAAAUAAUAAACAUGUUCAAUUAGGGCUCUUGGGAGACAGAGAUGCGGAGCAGGGUCAUAUACAGACCUCCACUCUUUCACGAUGACAAAGGUAUUUUAUGUAUGAUUAACGUGCACAAUACUGUGUGUAUGUUUGUGUGUUACAGCAAUGAAGUGUCCUGCCGGCAGCGAGUACAGUCUCCAAGCUCCUGGCUGCCUAAUCACCUGCAGCUCCCUAUCUCCACCGGCCCUCUGUCAAAUCCCACCCAGCGAGGGCUGUGUGUGCGAGAAAGGAAAAUUGAUGGGAAAGGUAAUAUUCUUCUUUAUGCCUGUGUGACUAUGUUCUAGUUCUUUAACUAUUUGUAGUACUUUUCAGACAGUCAUUCUGUAUUUAUAUUGUGCAAAUCCACAACAAAUGACUUCUUAAAGGCAUGGUUGACAAUUGGAGAAGCAAUUGAAAAAAACUGAGCCGUUGAGGCAAAUUUGAAAAAAGGGUCCCAUCCUCCACACACAAACCUCUACCCUCUGUGCUCCACGAUAACUCGCCCCUGAACCUGUAUCACCCUCCCCACGAUGUACCCCUUCUGGCAGAGGAAGAAGCCGGCUGGCAGAAGAUCCUAUGUUAGCUUCAAAUAGGAUUCACCAUGUCGGAUUGCUAGUGACUAGCAGCAGUAAAUGCCAGCUCUGCUAGCAAGAACCGUCUGCAGCUGCCUGGACAGCUACCGUGUUGACGUUGCAGAGACUAAUAAGAGUUAUUUAUGUAACAUGUGCCACGUUAAAAGGCAAAAAUUACCUGUUCAACAAAAACUCUGCUGUCUCAGCGUCUGUUUUCAGGCCCAAAUCCUGGCAGAGCUUUCUCCACUGCUCGAAGGAUGACCCAAUGUUAGAGUAAGAUUCCUUGCUUGGUCACAUUUCCUAUUCGUCUCUGCCCUUUCUUCUGUGGGCGUGCGUUUUCUUAGCACUUUUGGCGGUGGGGCAAGCAGAAGUGUAUUUUUUCCAUCUUUCUCAUCACAGCUCCUGUAGCUUAGCUGCUACUUUUAGCCGCUCAGCAUUCUGAGGAGGGAGAGUGGGAGGAGAUGGAUCAGAACUACAGGGGAGGAGUGUGUCAAAUACUGAUUGGAUGGAGUGGCGGAGCAGGAGAUUUACCAAUAGGAGCUGUCAGGUACAGAUGGCUCCUAUUGGUCAAUGUUUUUGCAGUCCUGCACCUGCUAGGGUGAGGAUUUUUUCCAUUCUUUUCUCUCUUUACUUUGUGGAGAUUGCACUAUAGGCCCAUGAUCACCAUAUAAACGUGGUUAAUAAUAAUUAACAAUCCCUCCAAUCGCCAACCUUGCCUUUAAGACCCUUACCAAAAAGAAUUUUUCUAGACCAUAGUCUUUGAGUAAUUUUAUCUAAACAUGCAUUGAGUACAAUAGGUGAAUGUGGCCUCUGAAUCUUGGGCUGAUUUUCAAACAUGUCAGGAAAAAUAAAUCAUAGGACAAGGGUUUUGAAGUUGCUUAAGUAGGUUGUUCCACACUGAAGUAAAACAGGCUAUAAUGGCAGCCAUGUAACUUUAUGGGAAAUUUUCCAAAGCAAGUUGCAUUGACAAAGAAAAUUCUUUGUCAAUUCUUUUAGCCCCUCGCAGGCUCAGAAGGUUGCUCUAAAGUUCUGAUUACUUAAGAAAAUGUUAGGCACUGUAAAUCCUUUUUUUUUUAACAGAGUUCACUUUAGAAAAAAAUUUGCACUCCAAUUUUACAUCAGGAGGACAAUCUGGUAAUAGUGACAGCAAUCAGUCAGGAGGAAAAUCUGGUAAUAGUGACUAGCAAUGAGUCAGGAGGAAAUUUCCCUGAUUCACACAUAUCCACCUAAGAUUUUGUUUUUUUAAAUGACAGGAUUAAAUUCUUAUUAGAUAUUAAUUUCAUUGUUGUUGGAAAGAUUUGGUUUGCUGCUUAUAAAAACAAAAGUUGCCAGAUCACAAUCCUUGAAGACACCUGACUUUUACUGACAGGGGUAUAACUUUGAGAAGAAUCUCUUAGCUGCACGGUCUGGGAUAUUGUGAUUUUACCCUGACAGUUGUGCUUUUUCUUUGGCAGAAAGGCUGUGUGAAACUGGCUAAAUGUGGCUGUACAAUGGAAGGUCAGUACUAUGAGCCUAAUGAGGGACACUAUUUAAACAACACAUGUAAGACCUUCUGCAAGUGCUACAAGGGGGCUAUGGUGUGCGAGUACAAACCCUGCAAGGCAACAGAGAAAUGUAUGGUCGUGAAAGGAGUGAGAGGCUGCUACAAGAAAGGGGACAGUAACAGCAAUCAGUCAGGAGGACAAUCUGGUAAUAGUGACAGCAAUCAGUCAGGAGGACAAUCUGGUAAUAGUGAUAGCAAUGAGUCGGGAGGACAAUCUGGUAAUAGUGACAGCAAUGAGUCAGGAGGAAAAUCUGGUAAUAGUGAUAGCAAUGAGUCAGGAGGACAAUCUGGUAACAGUACCAGCAAUUCAUCAGGGGGACAAUCUGGUAAAAGUGACAGCAAUCAGUCAGGGGGACAAUCUGGUAAUAGUGACAGCAAUCAGUCAGGAGGAAAAUCUGGUAAUAGUGACAGCAAUCAGUCAGGAGGACAAUCUGGUAAUAGUGAUAGCAAUGAGUCGGGAGGACAAUCAGGUAAUAGUGACAGCAAUCAGUCAGGAGGGCAAUCUGGUGGCUGUACAAUGGAAGGUCAGUACUAUGAGCCUAAUGAGGGACACUAUUUAAACAACACAUGUAAGACCUUCUGCAAGUGCUACAAGGGGGCUAUGGUGUGCGAGUACAAACCCUGCAAGGCAACAGAGAAAUGUAUGGUCGUAAAAGGAGUGAGAGGCUGCUACAAGGAAGGGGACAGUAACAGCAAUCAGUCAGGAGGACAAUCUGGUAAUAGUGACAGCAAUCAGUCAGGAGGAAAAUCUGGUAAUAGUGAUAGCAAUGAGUCAGGAGGACAAUCUGGUAACAGUACCAGCAAUUCAUCAGGGGGACAAUCUGGUAAUAGUGACAGCAAUCAGUCAGGAGGAAAAUCUGGUAAUAGUGAUAGCAAUGAGUCAGGAGGACAAUCUGGUAACAGUACCAGCAAUUCAUCAGGGGGACAAUCUGGUAAAAGUGACAGCAAUCAGUCAGGAGGACAAUCUGGUAAUAGUGACAGCAAUCAGUCAGGAGGACAAUCUGGUAAUAGUGACAGCAAUCAGUCAGGAGGAAAAUCUGGUAAUAGUGAUAGCAUUGAGUCAGGAGAACAAUCUGGUAACAGUACCAGCAAUUCAUCAGGAGGAAAAUCUGGUAAUAGUGACAGCAAUCAGUCAGGAGGACAAUCUGGUAAUAGUGAUAGCAAUGAGUCGGGAGGACAAUCAGGUAAUAGUGACAGCAAUCAGUCAGGAGGGCAAUCUGGUGGCUGUACAAUGGAAGGUCAGUACUAUGAGCCUAAUGAGGGACACUAUUUAAACAACACAUGUAAGACCUUCUGCAAGUGCUACAAGGGGGCUAUGGUGUGCGAGUACAAACCCUGCAAGGCAACAGAGAAAUGUAUGGUCGUAAAAGGAGUGAGAGGCUGCUACGAGGAAGGGGACAGUAACAGCAAUCAGUCAGGAGGACAAUCUGGUAAUAGUGACAGCAAUCAGUCAGGAGGAAAAUCUGGUAAUAGUGAUAGCAAUGAGUCAGGAGGACAAUCUGGUAACAGUACCAGCAAUUCAUCAGGGGGACAAUCUGGUAAAAGUGACAGCAAUCAGUCAGGAGGACAAUCUGGUAAUAGUGACAGCAAUCAGUCAGGAGGACAAUCUGGUAAUAGUGACAGCAAUCAGUCAGGAGGAAAAUCUGGUAAUAGUGAUAGCAAUGAGUCAGGAGGAAAAUCUGGUAACAGUACCAGCAAUUCAUCAGGGGGACAAUCUGGUAAAAGUGACAGCAAUCAGUCAGGAGGAAAAUCUGGUGAUAGUGACAGCAAUCAGUCAGGAGGACAAUCUGGUAAAAGUGACAGCAAUCAGUCAGGGGGACAAUCUGGUAAUAGUGACAGCAAUCAGUCAGGAGGACAAUCUGGUAAUAGUGACAGCAAUCAGUCAGGAGGACAAUCUGGUAAUAGUGAUAGCAAUGAGUCGGGAGGACAAUCAGGUAAUAGUGACAGCAAUGAGUCAGGAGGGCAAUCUGGUGGCUGUACAAUGGAAGGUCAGUACUAUGAGCCUAAUGAGGGACACUAUUUAAACAACACAUGUAAGACCUUCUGCAAGUGCUACAAGGGGGCUAUGGUGUGCGAGUACAAACCCUGCAAGGCAACAGAGAAAUGUAUGGUCGUAAAAGGAGUGAGAGGCUGCUACAAGGAAGGGGACAGUAACAGCAAUCAGUCAGGAGGACAAUCUGGUAAUAGUGACAGCAAUCAGUCAGGAGGAAAAUCUGGUAAUAGUGAUAGCAAUGAGUCAGGAGGACAAUCUGGUAACAGUACCAGCAAUUCAUCAGGGGGACAAUCUGGUAAAAGUGACCAGCAAUCACUCAGGGGGACAAUCUGGUAAAAGUGACAGCAAUCAGUCAGGAGGACAAUCUGGUAAUAGUGACAGCAAUCAGUCAGGAGGAAAAUCUGGUAAUAGUGAUAGCAAUGAGUCAGGAGAACAAUCUGGUAACAGUACCAGCAAUUCAUCAGGAGGAAAAUCUGGUAAUAGUGACAGCAAUCAGUCAGGAGGACAAUCUGGUAAUAGUGAUAGCAAUGAGUCGGGAGGACAAUCAGGUAAUAGUGACAGCAAUCAGUCAGGAGGGCAAUCUGGUGGCUGUACAAUGGAAGGUCAGUACUAUGAGCCUAAUGAGGGACACUAUUUAAACAACACAUGUAAGACCUUCUGCAAGUGCUACAAGGGGGCUAUGGUGUGCGAGUACAAACCCUGCAAGGCAACAGAGAAAUGUAUGGUCGUAAAAGGAGUGAGAGGCUGCUACAAGGAAGGGGACAGUAACAGCAAUCAGUCAGGAGGACAAUCUGGUAAUAGUGACAGCAAUCAGUCAGGAGGACAAUCUGGUAAUAGUGAUAGCAAUGAGUCAGGAGGACAAUCUGGUAACAGUACCAGCAAUUCAUCAGGGGGACAAUCUGGUAAAAGUGACAGCAAUCAGUCAGGAGGACAAUCUGGUAAUAGUGACAGCAAUCAGUCAGGAGGACAAUCUGGUAAUAGUGACAGCAAUCAGUCAGGAGGAAAAUCUGGUAAUAGUGAUAGCAAUGAGUCAGGAGGAAAAUCUGGUAACAGUACCAGCAAUUCAUCAGGGGGACAAUCUGGUAAAAGUGACAGCAAUCAGUCAGGAGGACAAUCUGGUAAUAGUGACAGCAAUCAGUCAGGAGGAAAAUCUGGUAAUAGUGAUAGCAUUGAGUCAGGAGAACAAUCUGGUAACAGUACCAGCAAUUCAUCAGGAGGAAAAUCUGGUAAUAGUGACAGCAAUCAGUCAGGAGGACAAUCUGGUAAUAGUGAUAGCAAUGAGUCGGGAGGACAAUCAGGUAAUAGUGACAGCAAUCAGUCAGGAGGGCAAUCUGGUGGCUGUACAAUGGAAGGUCAGUACUAUGAGCCUAAUGAGGGACACUAUUUAAACAACACAUGUAAGACCUUCUGCAAGUGCUACAAGGGGGCUAUGGUGUGCGAGUACAAACCCUGCAAGGCAACAGAGAAAUGUAUGGUCGUAAAAGGAGUGAGAGGCUGCUACGAGGAAGGGGACAGUAACAGCAAUCAGUCAGGAGGACAAUCUGGUAAUAGUGACAGCAAUCAGUCAGGAGGAAAAUCUGGUAAUAGUGAUAGCAAUGAGUCAGGAGGACAAUCUGGUAACAGUACCAGCAAUUCAUCAGGGGGACAAUCUGGUAAAAGUGACAGCAAUCAGUCAGGAGGACAAUCUGGUAAUAGUGACAGCAAUCAGUCAGGAGGACAAUCUGGUAAUAGUGACAGCAAUCAGUCAGGAGGACAAUCUGGUAAUAGUGACAGCAAUGAGUCAGGAGGAAAAUCUGGUAACAGUACCAGCAAUUCAUCAGGGGGACAAUCUGGUAAAAGUGACAGCAAUCAGUCAGGAGGAAAAUCUGGUAAUAGUGACAGCAAUCAGUCAGGAGGACAAUCUGGUAAUAGUGAUAGCAAUGAGUCGGGAGGACAAUCAGGUAAUAGUGACAGCAAUCAGUCAGGAGGGCAAUCUGGUGGCUGUACAAUGGAAGGUCAGUACUAUGAGCCUUAUGAGGGACACUAUUUAAACAACACAUGUAAGACCUUCUGCAAGUGCUACAAGGGGGCUAUGGUGUGCGAGUACAAACCCUGCAAGGCAACAGAGAAAUGUAUGGUCGUAAAAGGAGUGAGAGGCUGCUACGAGGAAGGGGACAGUAACAGCAAUCAGUCAGGAGGACAAUCUGGUAAUAGUGACAGCAAUCAGUCAGGAGGAAAAUCUGGUAAUAGUGAUAGCAAUGAGUCAGGAGGACAAUUUGGUAACAGUACCAGCAAUUCAUCAGGGGGACAAUCUGGUAAAAGUGACAGCAAUCAGUCAGGAGGACAAUCUGGUAAUAGUGACAGCAAUCAGUCAGGAGGACAAUCUGGUAAUAGUGACAGCAAUCAGUCAGGAGGAAAAUCUGGUAAUAGUGAUAGCAUUGAGUCAGGAGGAAAAUCUGGUAACAGUACCAGCAAUUCAUCAGGAGGACAAUCUGGUAAUAGUGACAGCAAUCAGUCAGGAGGAAAAUCUGGUGAUAGUGACAGCAAUCAGUCAGGAGGAAAAUCUGGUAAUGGUGAUAGCAAUGAGUCAGGAGAACAAUCUGGUAACAGUACCAGCAAUUCAUCAGGAGGAAAAUCUGGUAAUAGUGACAGCAAUCAGUCAGGAGGACAAUCUGGUAAUAGUGAUAGCAAUGAGUCGGGAGGACAAUCAGGUAAUAGUGACAGCAAUGAGUCAGGAGGGCAAUCUGGUGGCUGUACAAUGGAAGGUCAGUACUAUGAGCCUAAUGAGGGACACUAUUUAAACAACACAUGUAAGACCUUCUGCAAGUGCUACAAGGGGGCUAUGGUGUGCGAGUACAAACCCUGCAAGGCAACAGAGAAAUGUAUGGUCGUAAAAGGAGUGAGAGGCUGCUACGAGGAAGGGGACAGUAACAGCAAUCAGUCAGGAGGACAAUCUGGUAAUAGUGACAGCAAUCAGUCAGGAGGAAAAUCUGGUAAUAGUGAUAGCAAUGAGUCAGGAGGACAAUCUGGUAAUAGUGACAGCAAUCAGUCAGGAGGAAAAUCUGGUAAUAGUGACAGCAAUCAGUCAGGAGGAAAAUCUGGUAAUAGUGAUAGCAUUGAGUCAGGAGAACAAUCUGGUAACAGUACCAGCAAUUCAUCAGGAGGAAAAUCUGGUAAUAGUGACAGCAAUCAGUCAGGAGGACAAUCUGGUAAUAGUGAUAGCAAUGAGUCGGGAGGACAAUCAGGUAAUAGUGACAGCAAUCAGUCAGGAGGGCAAUCUGGUGGCUGUACAAUGGAAGGUCAGUACUAUGAGCCUAUUGAGGGACACUAUUUGAACAACACAUGUAAGACCUUCUGCAAGUGCUACAAGGGGGCUAUGGUGUGCGAGUACAAACCCUGCAAGGCAACAGAGAAAUGUAUGGUCGUAAAAGGAGUGAGAGGCUGCUACGAGGAAGGGGACAGUAACAGCAAUCAGUCAGGAGGACAAUCUGGUAAUAGUGACAGCAAUCAGUCAGGAGGAAAAUCUGGUAAUAGUGAUAGCAAUGAGUCAGGAGGACAAUCUGGUAACAGUACCAGCAAUUCAUCAGGGGGACAAUCUGGUAAUAGUGACAGCAAUCAGUCAGGACGAAAAUCUGGUAAUAGUGAUAGCAAUGAGUCAGGAGGACAAUCUGGUAACAGUACCAGCAAUUCAUCAGGGGGACAAUCUGGUAAAAGUGACAGCAAUCAGUCAGGAGGACAAUCUGGUAAUAGUGACAGCAAUCAGUCAGGAGGAAAAUCUGGUAAUAGUGAUAGCAAUGAGUCAGGAGGAAAAUCUGGUAAUAGUGAUAGCAUUGAGUCAGGAGAACAAUCUGGUAACAGUACCAGCAAUUCAUCAGGAGGAAAAUCUGGUAAUAGUGACAGCAAUCAGUCAGGAGGACAAUCUGGUAAUAGUGAUAGCAAUGAGUCGGGAGGACAAUCAGGUAAUAGUGACAGCAAUCAGUCAGGAGGGCAAUCUGGUGGCUGUACAAUGGAAGGUCAGUACUAUGAGCCUAAUGAGGGACACUAUUUAAACAACACAUGUAAGACCUUCUGCAAGUGCUACAAGGGGGCUAUGGUGUGCGAGUACAAACCCUGCAAGGCAACAGAGAAAUGUAUGGUCGUAAAAGGAGUGAGAGGCUGCUACGAGGAAGGGGACAGUAACAGCAAUCAGUCAGGAGGACAAUCUGGUAAUAGUGACAGCAAUCAGUCAGGAGGAAAAUCUGGUAAUAGUGAUAGCAAUGAGUCAGGAGGACAAUCUGGUAACAGUACCAGCAAUUCAUCAGGGGGACAAUCUGGUAAAAGUGACAGCAAUCAGUCAGGAGGACAAUCUGGUAAUAGUGACAGCAAUCAGUCAGGAGGACAAUCUGGUAAUAGUGACAGCAAUCAGUCAGGAGGAAAAUCUGGUAAUAGUGAUAGCAUUGAGUCAGGAGGACAAUCUGGUAACAGUACCAGCAAUUCAUCAGGGGGACAAUCUGGUAAAAGUGACAGCAAUCAGUCAGGAGGAAAAUCUGGUAAUAGUGACAGCAAUCAGUCAGGAGGACAAUCUGGUAAUAGUGAUAGCAAUGAGUCGGGAGGACAAUCUGGUAAUAGUGACAGCAAUCAGUCAGGAGGGCAAUCUGGUGGCUGUACAAUGGAAGGUCAGUACUAUGAGCCUAAUGAGGGACACUAUUUAAACAACACAUGUAAGACCUUCUGCAAGUGCUACAAGGGGGCUAUGGUGUGCGAGUACAAACCCUGCAAGGCAACAGAGAAAUGUAUGGUCGUAAAAGGAGUGAGAGGCUGCUACAAGGAAGGGGACAGUAACAGCAAUCAGUCAGGAGGACAAUCUGGUAAUAGUGACAGCAAUCAGUCAGGAGGAAAAUCUGGUAAUAGUGAUAGCAAUGAGUCAGGAGGACAAUCUGGUAACAGUACCAGCAAUUCAUCAGGGGGACAAUCUGGUAAUAGUGACAGCAAUCAGUCAGGAGGAAAAUCUGGUACAGUAACAGCAAUCAGUCAGGAGGACAAUCUGGUAAUAGUGACAGCAAUCAGUCAGGAGGAAAAUCUGGUAAUAGUGAUAGCAAUGAGUCAGGGGGACAAUCUGGUAAUAGUGACAGCAAUCAGUCAGGAGGAAAAUCUGGUAAUAGUGAUAGCAUUGAGUCAGGAGGAAAAUCUGGUAACAGUACCAGCAAUUCAUCAGGGGGACAAUCUGGUAAAAGUGACAGCAAUCAGUCAGGAGGAAAAUCUGGUAAUAGUGACAGCAAUCAGUCAGGAGGACAAUCUGGUAAUAGUGAUAGCAAUGAGUCGGGAGGACAAUCAGGUAAUAGUGACAGCAAUGAGUCAGGAGGGCAAUCUGGUGGCUGUACAAUGGAAGGUCAGUACUAUGAGCCUAAUGAGGGACACUAUUUAAACAACACAUGUAAGACCUUCUGCAAGUGCUACAAGGGGGCUAUGGUGUGCGAGUACAAACCCUGCAAGGCAACAGAGAAAUGUAUGGUCGUAAAAGGAGUGAGAGGCUGCUACAAGGAAGGGGACAGUAACAGCAAUCAGUCAGGAGGACAAUCUGGUAAUAGUGACAGCAAUCAGUCAGGAGGAAAAUCUGGUAAUAGUGAUAGCAAUGAGUCAGGGGGACAAUCUGGUAAUAGUGACAGCAAUCAGUCAGGAGGAAAAUCUGGUAAUAGUGAUAGCAAUGAGUCAGGAGGACAAUCUGGUAACAGUACCAGCAAUUCAUCAGGGGGACAAUCUGGUAAUAGUGACAGCAAUCAGUCAGGAGGACAAUCUGGUAAUAGUGAUAGCAAUGAGUCAGGAGGACAAUCUGGUAACAGUACCAGCAAUUCAUCAGGGGGACAAUCUGGUAAAAGUGACAGCAAUCAGUCAGGAGGACAAUCUGGUAAUAGUGACAGCAAUCAGUCAGGAGGACAAUCUGGUAAUAGUGACAGCAAUCAGUCAGGAGGAAAAUCUGGUAAUAGUGAUAGCAAUGAGUCAGGAGGAAAAUCUGGUAACAGUACCAGCAAUUCAUCAGGGGGACAAUCUGGUAAAAGUGACAGCAAUCAGUCAGGAGGAAAAUCUGGUAAUAGUGACAGCAAUCAGUCAGGAGGACAAUCUGGUAAUAGUGAUAGCAAUGAGUCGGGAGGACAAUCAGGUAAUAGUGACAGCAAUCAGUCAGGUGGGCAAUCUGGUGGCUGUACAAUGGAAGGUCAGUACUAUGAGCCUAAUGAGGGACACUAUUUAAACAACACAUGUAAGACCUUCUGCAAGUGCUACAAGGGGGCUAUGGUGUGCGAGUACAAACCCUGCAAGGCAACAGAGAAAUGUAUGGUCGUAAAAGGAGUGAGAGGCUGCUACGAGGAAGGGGACAGUAACAGCAAUCAGUCAGGAGGACAAUCUGGUAAUAGUGACAGCAAUCAGUCAGGAGGAAAAUCUGGUAAUAGUGAUAGCAAUGAGUCAGGAGGACAAUCUGGUAACAGUACCAGCAAUUCAUCAGGGGGACAAUCUGGUAAAAGUGACAGCAAUCAGUCAGGAGGACAACCUGGUAAUAGUGACAGCAAUCAGUCAGGAGGACAAUCUGGUAAUAGUGACAGCAAUCAGUCAGGAGGAAAAUCUGGUAAUAGUGAUAGCAUUGAGUCAGGAGGACAAUCUGGUAACAGUACCAGCAAUUCAUCAGGAGGACAAUCUGGUAAUAGUGACAGCAAUCAGUCAGGAGGAAAAUCUGGUAAUAGUGAUAGCAUUGAGUCAGGAGGACAAUCUGGUAACAGUACCAGCAAUUCAUCAGGGGGACAAUCUGGUAAAAGUGACAGCAAUCAGUCAGGACAAUCUGGGGAAAGUAACAGCAAAGAGGUAGGAGGGCAAUCUGGUAACAGUACAAGCAAUAUGUCAGGAGGAGGACAAGAUGGCAUGAUGAAACUAAUGAAUUAA